AUGCUUUGGGAAUUUGGGCUCGUGCUGCUGGUCUGCCUCGCUCCGCAGGCUGCUGGAAUUAAAGGUAAGCCUUGUUUUGUUCUGAAAGCCACAAUCCUCUGAGCCUUCACACUCGGAGACCUUUACAACUUGGAAAAAAAUGAUGCUUUUUCACUUUUAUCCUUUGCAGAAAGAAUAAAGUUUUUUAUUCCUUUCAAUAAACUGCAGCAGCCAAAGAUUCAAGGAUUUGAGAAGUGCCUCUCCUUGCACUAAACUUGGUCUCCAUGCACAGCAAAGCCUAUUAAGAGUGCAUAAGUACCUGGCUGUGAAAGGUGCUGGACCCUGUCACUGUUUCACCUGCAGAUCCAGAUCCAGAGAGGCUCCCUGAUAAGACUGAAAGAUGUAAAUCCUUCAUCUGGUCUCACUUUGAAAGAAAGUGAAAUCAGUGUUGAAACAUGUGCAAACAUGUCCACGCUGCAACCAGGAAGAAAAAGGGGAUAAUAGCAGAGUUGAGCUGAUUUAUUGCUGGUACAGUGACAGUUUGACAAUCUGAAUUACAGUGCUCUGCAGGCGUGUUUGAGGGUGAAAAAGGCUUUAAACACAACAAGAGAGAGGGGCUUUUAAUGUGAGCGGUCCCAGCUGAAUGUUUCAAAUCAAACAAAAUAUCCUGAAAGCAAUGUCACAAGCAAAAACAUCACCUUCACCUCGCAACAAUUCCUGUAUUGAUCCUUCGAGCAUCAAUACUUAGAGCGCCCGCUGAAUUACAACACCCACUCUGGAUGAUUCUGGCCUGAAUAUAUCUGCUGGCUGUGUGAUCAAACACCUGUGUGUACGCUACUCGUCUGUUUUGCGCAUGAGCUUUCAUCCCAAGCACCCUUCAAGCACAGGAAGAGCUGUUAUUUUUAGUGUGCGUGGGCAUAAGGAUGGAGAGAGAACCCCCAACUCUGGCAGGAGGAUAUAUAUCGCUAAAUACCACUCACGGCCACAAAUAACAGAGACGUACAGAUGAGGACGUAAACAGCUUUAUAUAGAAAAAGAUACGUCAAGAUUGAUCCUCCUGUUUGAUGCAAAGACGCUCAGAUACAGAUUUUUCCUCCCGGUCUGACUCCUGAAUUCGCUUUGCUGGUUUUAGCUUGUCUGAUUGGCAGAAACAGCUGUAUACUCAGAAUCAAGCAGAUAAUGAUAAAGUUCAACAUCUAACUUUCAGUGCACUCUGCAAAAUUCCUGUUGACCUAAAUUGUGGUGAUCUGCAGGUGGAGGAGUAGAUAUCUGCCCAAAUAAAGCAGCUUUCUAACUGCGAAGUAAAACUCAAAGAAUUUUCUGACUUUGGUCUUUGGGUCAGAUUCUCUCAAAGGAAAGCUAUUAAACUCAUUUUCACCUUUCAAUGUCUCACUCUUGGACACCUAUAAAGUAGCUUUUCAUGCUGAAAAACACCUGAAUUAUCUUGUACUGACAUCCUUGUACAACUCAGCCUCUGCCUGAAAUGACUCUUUAGAUUUAAGGGUGUUACUUUUUACACAGCUUGGUAGGCAUGUGACAGCCCAAAAGUAAUGCCAUUGUAAGGCUGGGCGAUAUGGGAAAAAGUUUAUCAUGAUAUAUUUUUUCAUAUCAGUCGAUAUUGACAUAUAUAUCACAAUAUAAAAAAUUUAAUUUAACAGUGCCUAUUGGUAGCAUAUCUUUUACAGUACAAUAAGCUACUGCAUCUGUGAGGUUUUUAUGUCUCUUCGACAUUUCGUCCCAAGGCGUUGCGCUAGAGAAAGUGGACGAAAUAGUCGGCUGUUUCAGUUGCACAGGCGCCAUGGGCUCCUUGCUCCACUCAGGACUUGUAACCUUUUGCAUUGCACGUGCUCUGCCAUGUUGCACUGCUUCAGGUGGUAAAAAGAUUUGAGGUAUUCCCCGACUUUGUGAGAACAUGUACUCGACAUAAUUUGCAGUGGACAUUACUCUGCUUCAUGUCCGACCUGAAAAAACCAAAACACCUCCACACCACAGAAGUUUUCAUGCCAGUGUUGUCGACGAUGUCGUCAUCUGUUGAGCCUUCAUCUGCAUUUCUGCCAGGGGUAGCACUCUCUUUCUUUGUAUCUCACCAACAGUGCUGUCAGCUUCACAUGUUAAAGUGCUACGGUUGCGUGUAGCUGCAGCCUGCUAAUACAGUUGUUUUCUACUUGGUUCUAAUUCAGCACAUGACUGGUUCAGUGCAAAGUGGACCCGGAGCAACUCCCCUUUUCAUUGGCCAUUCCUAUAGUCUACCAAAACAUGGCAGAAUGCUGACAAUAGAAAAGGAUAUUGACCAUGUUUUAUAUUGAUAUUGAGGGAAAUUAAUUUUUGAUUUGUAUUGUUAUCGUUUUAUCGCCCAGUCCUACUGCCAUUGUAAGAACAACCUGAAGCAUAUCAGCCUCACUUCGGCUCCUUUGUCCACUUAUAUUAAGUCAGACACACCUUUGGGGUGUUACCUCUGACAGUUUGAACACCCAUAACAGCAGCAAAGUCAGGAUAAUUAUUACAAUUAUUGGGUCAAAUAGUGGCCAAACCAACAGAUGAGGUUCUGGAGCUCAAAGUGCUGAAAAGUGAAUGUUGGUCCUGAAAGAAGAGCAUGCAUGGAGCUGUAGACUUACGCAGUGUCAGACUUUUACACGAUGGAAAGGCUGAGCUGCACAUGUUUCCAUUGGGUAAUACAGUCAGUUUCAACAAAAAAGUCUUAUGUACUGUAACUUUUUUCUGUACAUGUCUUAAUUUCAGAGCUGUUUGCAGGGAGGAAGAGGAAACCUUGGACGAUAACCUAACAAACAUUAACAAUCCUUACCCGAAACAAAAAACGCCUAAGUUACAAUUUACUCGUGAAGUGACUGAACCGAUUAUUCUAAAUGAAGUUUUACUUACCGUAUGUAUGUCCUUGAGUUUCCCUAAAGGUUAGGAUUUUAUUUCUGGAAGAAGAGGCUGUACCGAGCUGUAAAACAAACAUGAUCUUCCUGCAGCGAGAGCUCUGAAACACUCUGAACAGGUUUCUAUUAAUAAAAAUAAAGUUCAGGGAAGAGGAGAGAGGAGUCAAGAGAGCUGCUGAUUUGAGUCCCUGAAAGUGAAUUUUGAAAACAGGUCAAAAACAUCGGGCCUCAAGUGAGAACACUUCACAGAUACAGGUGCUUUUUGUACUGCACACACAGAUUUAUCACCUGUGUCUGCCCUCACUCAUAUAUAUAUAGUAUAUAUCCCAUAUUUCUCUGUAACUUCUUGCGAAUUUAACUUUGCUAACAAGCACUUCAGAAAAUAUAGAUUCAAGACAAACACUAAUUUAAGUGCAGGGGACCUUCGGAAGAUGUGAAAUGCAUGUUCCUAUUUCUUCCCUUUGAAAACACCGUAGUUUAGCUGCAAUGGAAAAUAUACCCUGUGCUUUUGAAUGGCACAUAUUGCUUUUGAAAACUCCCAUUUUGCUCAGGUGACAAGUCCAAACUGGUUGUAAGACUUCACGAAAAACUAUAUCCACACUAGAAAACAGAAGAAAGAGUUUCACACAAACAGGACUUGUGUGAAACAAAGAGGAACAAACUAAAAGUCCUGAAAAGCCGAGGUGCUGUUGCCUUAACCAGGGAUCACUGGACAUCAGUGUUAAAUCAAAAUGUCUAGAAUAAGUGUUACUGCUCACACUGGACAUUAACACUGUAAAAUCUCAAAUUUUAGUGAAUGUUUUUGUCCGUAUAGCUUUUUUUCUGUCUGUGAAAUGCCAGAUUUUGUUUUAAAAACACCCUAAGUGAUUGUCUCUACAACUUUUGUCUCAUUUUCAGCAGUAAAAAUCUUUAAAUAUUCUGUUAGUUUAAUCAGAAGAGAGAAAAUCUGAAGCUCAUUUUUGCCUUUCAAACUUUGCUAACUCAUUCAAAUCGAAUCAGAUCGCUGCAUCAGACGCGUUUUUAUCGAGAGGCAUCAAUUCCGCUGAAAUUGCAAACCUUUCAUGGUGGAUCUGCUUAUCGUGAUUUGUGUUUAUUGUCGGAGGCGUCUGCUAAUGGUUGAUGAAAUGUUUGCGGUUUUUAACAGAAGCAGCAGCAGCAGGAAACCACGGCUGAGAUCAACACAUCACACGGAGAGGGAGCUGCUGGCUGUUUGUUUUCAUCUCCUGAAAAACCUCCUCUUUCUCUUAUCGUCGUCUGCUUUCAUUGUGACGCUUCAAACGCAGAUUUAGGAAACGUCUCUGUCCCUGAAAUACUUCUGCUGUUUGUUUUAAGCUGCUUGUUGCAGCAGAUGGGAGGGGUUCGCCGCAGAUAGCAUCACGCCUGUUGUUUGAAGUCUGGUGACAUUAGCUGAUUUUUUGCAUUUGUAGUAAACAUGACCCAUCUGUUGCUCUGAACAAACGCCAGGGAUUUUGGUCUGACCUGGAUCCGGUCUGCACUGAGUUUGACCCUAAAUCCUCCCUGAUUGUUUCCUUUUCAGAAAGCAGCGUCAAGCCAGACCUGGGGCUGAAAAACUCUGAGGUCGUCAGGUCCGUACGUUUGGUGGAUCUCCUGAAGACAACAAAAGGACCAGAGUUUGAACUGGAGAGACGGCGCCCAAGAAGGUCGGUGUUUUUACACUCCGGAGUCAGAAUCUGCCCCCAAGAGACCCUGAAUGAGAUCCUCGCCAGCCACCGAGCUUACUACCAGCUUAGAGGUACUUCAUCUAAAAUAACCUCCACCUUCAUUCAUGCAUUCACAGACUUACGGAUCAGAGAUUUAACAGGAAAACCCAACAUUUAUUCAACUCUGUGUUCCAGAGAACCAAUCAGGUUUAAUGGGUUGAUGUCCAGCUUUGCAGCAGGCAGAUGUCCCUCCCUUUCGGUUUGGUAGAUUAAACCCAAUUUGAUGGUAUUGUUGGUAAUCAAGCUGCAGGCAGAGACCAUCCUGUAAAGUUUUAAUGGCGGUGCAUUCAAGGACAUCCUGACAGCAAAACCUCCAGCAGCCAGUGUAGAUAACCUGUGACUUUAGAAACUCCACUGCUGCAGUUACAGAACAGACAACAGCAAAUGGAUUCCUGCAUGAGUUCCAUCAGGGAGUCCAAAGGAAGUGACAUCUCUUGUCUCUUCAAUUUAAUCAAUAUAGUAUUCUAUUACAAAUGUGAAAGGAUGAGUGGAUUUCAUCGUCUACAGUACAUAAUAUCAUUAAAAAAUUCAGAGAAUUUGGAGAAAUCAAAAGGGACAAGGGCUAAAACCAAGACUCGGUGGUACUGAUCUUCAGGCCCUCAGGCAGCACUGCAUUAAAAACAGACAGGACUCUGAAGUGGAAAUCACUGAAUAGGCCUAAAAUCACUUCUGAUGUCCUACAUCCAAAGUAGAUAUUGUUCUGUUCUGCAUCCACAAAUUUAGAUCAAAACUGAACCAUGCAAAGAGGAAAACACGCAUGAACGUGAUCCCAAAGCCAGAUACUUCUCUGGACCUGAGAGAAAAACUGUCCUGAGCUCUAAAAUAUUAGAAAUUGAUAUUCUUUUUGAAAAUUAUGCAUGCCACAUCCUCCAUUAAUGCUGAACAGUAUCUGCGGAUUUAGGAGCAACAUCUGCUGCCAUCCAGACAAUGAGUUCGUUAGGGAAGACCUUCAUAUUUCAGCGAGACAAUGACAAACCACAUUCUGCAAGGAUUACAACAGUAUGGCUCUGUAGUAGAAGAGUCCUGGUCUGCCUGCAGUCUUGACUUGUCUCCCAUUGAAAACAUUUGAAGAGCAGACUCCUGGGCUCACUAACAGAGUGUAGCUCGGCAUCAUAGCAUCACUUAGUGGGAAACUCCGAUCAUAGCGCAGAGGAAAAUGACACAUGACAGUGAAGAGGAGGGUAACAAGAGCAGGUCAGACCUCAGGGAGUAACCGGUACAUGAUCCACAUUGGAGCCACCUGAGGCAUCAUGGGAGCUCUCAGGAGUGAUGGAGUGAGUCACAGUGACUCAUUCACCUCUUUCUAACAGGUCGUCAGUUAUGAGUUUGUUCCUGUCCAGACGGCUCACUCUGCAGCCAGCAGUUUAUUUUUCACUCACCCGUCUGAUCACAGGAGCAGAACCACAGGACUCUUUUUUUCCUUUUAGCAGGUCCAGUUUUUCUGCAACCUGUGUUCACACUGUACUGCAGCGCUGCUUCACAAUGUGUCAGUGUUCCUGCCAGGGAGAGGAGGAUAAAAACCUUGAACUUGGUUUGACAGCUUAAUUCUGUUCUGCACAUUAAGCUUUUUAUCUCCACUCUGAUACGUAUAUUUCAUCUUUUUCUGUUGCUUAUCUUUUAUCUGCUCUUCCUUUAUCCUUCUUUUUGAUCUUUUAUCCUUAUCGAAUAGAGACUUAAAAGUCAGACAUAAAGUGACACUAAUGGAUUUAGUUCAGAAUCAUGUUAUGUUUAUCCUGCAAGAAGAAGGUCUGCCUCCACUGCAGCAUGCCACUCUCAGUUUUACGUUAUAGUGUGCAUAUGAAAAAAGCUACCAGAUGGAACUUUGUUUACAUUUUAUAUCCUAAGAAAGCAACCAGGAAGUACUUUUUAACGUUAAACACAGUGCUCUCUUGAUGCUUUCUUUUUUCUUUUUUUAACUUUACAGGAGGCUUUGUUAACUUUUUAGUAAGUGUAAGGGCAUCCACAGGGUACUUUGCUUACAUUUUACCCACCAAAAGAGCAGCCAAAAGGUGCACCGUUUGCUUUUUAUUCACCAGAGGAGAAACUAGAAGGCUCUGUAUUUACAUUUAAUUUACCAAAAGAAGUAAGCUGGGGGAACUUUGCUUUGGUUUUAUUGACUGUAAAUACACUCAGAGAGGAAUUUGUUUAUUAUUUUAAACAGUAAAAAUGCAUCCAGGAGUACUUUGUUUACAAUUAUUUAAACAAACAAACAAAAAAAAAAACCAACAAAUUUUAUUUCCUAAGAAAGCAGCCUGGACCUACUUUUUGCUUCUCUUUGUAAUAUCGCAUCUAGAGUGCUCUUAGUUUACAUUUAGACACUUCAAGGGCAUCCAGAGGGUACUUUGUUUCCAUUUUUUAAAAACAAACAGACAAAAAAAAAAGAGGUAAUUUUAUUUCUUGAGAAAGCAGCCUGGAGAUACCUUUUGCUUCUGUUAGUAAACAAAUGUAAACAUAGCAUCUAGACGACUCUUAGUUUACAUUUAGACACUUCAAGCACAUCCAGAGGGUACUUUGUUUUCACUCAAUACAUUGUAAGAAUAACAUGAUAAAAAACUCAUUUAUACUUCAGUCUUUAGGGUUGUAUUUUUUUUUAUUUCAAAUCAGACAUGAUCUUUUUUGCACAAGUGUUACAAAAAUCCAAAUCCACAGAGACAUCAUAUCUCUGUAGAGCCACCAGACGAAUAGUUUGGACAGUUUAGACCUUCAGGAGGUGACACACGGGAGCUCUGCAGAGAGAUCAGAGAGUGAACUGUGAAUCCGUCACACUUUGUUUCACAGUGUGCUGCAGAUUGUUACUGUGUGGACGAGCUCCUGUAGCUGUGUGUUUACUGCGGGAAGUCUAAGACUGUGGUAUGUGUCUGUGUGCGUUUGUUUGGUCAGUUUGUCAGGAAGCCGUGUGGGAGGCAUUCAGGAUCUUCUUCGACAGGAUCCCUGGGACGUCAGAGUACAAGCGAUGGGUUCACACGUGUCAACACGAGUCCCUCUGCAUCUCCGACCUCGCCAGAAACUUCAGCAGCUCCGAGGAGCACAUGAGCAUGAUUCAGCGGGUAAGGAGACCACAGCGGGUUUAUGGAGCUCUCUGCUUCCUUCACACUAUGUUACAAGUAUCCAACCUGUGUGCACAGAGAUUUUAUAGUACAUCCACACAGUGCAGCUGUUUUAUGAAAGUACCCCACCCAUAUAAAAAAAGACAGAAUCUAUUUGUGAGUGAAGGACACAGGGAACACUUCAUUGAUUUGAAAAAUCCUUAUCGAACUAGUGACCUCGCCAAACAGAAAACUCCAGAAUCCCUGAACUGAGAUGUUUAACGUUCAGAAUUAUUUCAGUUAGUUGACCGGAGAUCGUGUGUGACUUCCUCAGUAAACAUGCAAACAUGUCGUUGUCACAGCAUUAAUCCUGGAGUCUGUCGAGCUGCCAGAUGUCCUCAUGCAGCCUCACUCUCUGAAGCAAACACUCUUCGAUUAUCGACUAUACUCACAAUAUCUUAAUGGCAGCUGGUAAAAAUAACAAUCAGCUGGUUGUUCAUGUAGGUGAACAAAAAACACCAAUAUAAACAAACCUGCUGCAGAAAGAUGAAAAUGCACAAACACAUGCAAAAAAAACAAGCUGUAAAUGAAGACAUGAUAACAGAUGUGCUCCAGGCCUGAGGGGGGCGCUCAGUGUUCUCAGUGUGUGUUCACACAGAGUAACGCUAGCAUUCAAGUGUCUGCGGGGCGACACUGCUGCUUUCUUCCCUCAAUAUGACGUCUCUGUGAGAGUAAAUAAAUGUUUACUGGUGAACCAAAGUAAAUGAACUGUGUCCGUGUUUCUGCUGCUACACUCAGAUUGAACACCGCACACACAGGCUGGGGGAUUGUUGGAUUAUGUAAGGAUGUUUCCUGUUUUUCUGAGCACAUUCAGCCCUUAACAAUAAUGAAGCAGUAUAACAACACUAGAGACCACCUGAGUGUUGUUACUGACCAUUUCCAUCCCUUUAUGGCCACAGAGUCUGUUCUCUAAUGGCUGUUUCAGCACAAUAACACUCAGAGGCCCGAUUCUCUACAAGUGUAAAAAAUGACGAUGAGUUCAGGGAACUUUAGCAGCCCGAAGUUCUCAGAUCUGCAAAUCUUCAGUCUGAGCUGCUGAUUAUAAAGGGAAAAGUUAAGGUAAACAGGCUCCUCGCCAACAACUCGCCUCAAGUUGGACUGAACAUUCAAACAAGUUUCACUGCCAAACAGACGUCACAUUUUCUCUUCUGGGACACUAACCUGAGAUUAUUACUUAACUGCAUUAAAAACAGACAGGACUCUGGAGUGGAAAUCACUGCAUUAGGCCAGAAUCACACCUAGAAUCCUACUGCCUACUGCCUGUGGAUGCAGGUCUGUGCUCGGCUUAUGAAACAACUAUGCAUCACUAUCUUUGUAUUUUAAAUGCUUGAAAUACAAAGACAGCACAGGCCUUGGUUUUCAGAGAUAUUAGUGGGGCAGGGUUCCACAGUUGUAGCUGUGCUGUGCUGCCGAGACUCUGAAGUAGAUUUAUCCUUUAUGUUGAUUCCUGCAGGCCGUUUAAAGGGUGAAUAGCAACAGUAAUACCAAAACAUACCUAUUUAAAACAUAAAAUGACUGUUUAGUGCACAUCAGAUCUGUCUUACAUUUUAGUUUAAUAAACCAAAAGGACUAAAAAGCACCAUUACACUGACGAUAAGCAAACUGAGAAUAAAAACUGUCUGCAUGCUAAAAUCCUUGAGGGCUGUGAGUAAAAUUGUACAAUUUGGCUGAAUUGACCCUUUAAAAAAAACACAGAAAGGAAAGUUUUCUUUUCUCAUUAAAGUCCACACUCAUUUUUCAAAUGAUACUGUCUAAAUUUAAUGGGUUUUAUGGCCUGAAGGCUCUUUAAAAUCCUUCAAGACUUCACAGACGGCUGCAGCAGAGUGUGUUUUUUUUCAACCAUUACUAAACAACAAGUAAUUUACACAGACUGCAGACAUGUUGUCCUGCCUGUUGAGAGGAAAGAAAGCAUGACUUAAUGCAUAUUAAUAAGUUUAAUCUGCCAUCAAUCUGUAAACAAACCACUACGAGCCAAAGCAGCUGACACAUGACAUCAUUAUCACAAAGAGGAUAAUCACGUCGUCAAUUAGAGCGUGAGUGUGAAAAUGAGGGUGAGGAUGUUUGUGUGAGAAAAACAAGGUGAAUGAUGUCUUUGUUUUUGAAUUUACAGAGGAUGAGCCGGAGGAGAGACGGCAGGCUGCCAUCACGGUACGAGUGACUGAUCAUCACCUCCUUCUUUUAACCAGAAAAACACACACCACAACAACGUCAGGCUGUUUCUCCUGACUCCUAAAGACCGACUAUUCUCCUCAGACUGACUUGUUUUUGAUUCACGGACUGAUUUGUACAAAUUACUGUUUUAGAUUCACCGAAAGCUUGAUUCACUGAUCCAGAUCAAAACUUUAUUUAGAUGAAGAAUUUCCACAAAUUUUAAUUUUUAUUUAUUUUUAUUUUUUAUUAAAAAUGUAACCAUAACAAUACAGUGUAUACAUCUCAAUACAAUACAUUUCUUUUCAUUUUUCCAGCUCUAUGUGUAUUUUCACAAACAUCCACAGAUAAUGUAGGAUAAAAUCAAAGAGAAUAAUCAUAGUAAUCAUUGCAAAUGAACAAUGUCCACUCCAAAGUACAGAUUUAUAGGCACAAAUUCUAGUCAGGGGCAGAAUGACAGUAUUUUGAUAUGGACAGGAAGUACUUACACUAUUAACAUAAACUGUCAUUGCAUCAAUAAAGGUACCAUCAGUUCCCAUCUUACAAUAAAGGUGGCUCUCUGAAGCCUUAGGGAAAAUGUGAUCUGCUCCAUUUGAUAAAUCUCCCAUACUUUUUGAAUCCAGAUAUUGUAUGAGGGAGGUUCUGUUUUCAACCGUCAAGUUUUUAUUUUAAAGAUUGAUAAUGAAGCCUGAUUAAAAAAUGAGGCUGUCCGCUCAGAAACUAUUAGAAAGAGAAUUAGAAGACCACCACAGCAGCAUGGAAUAAUAUAAGACUCAGUAAAAACUAAAGUUGAUGGUAACUCAUAUAAAUCAAAAGACCAAGAUGCGAUUCUGUUGGUGUUUUUGUUUCAUUUGAUCCUGAUGCGUAACUGAAGAUUAAACGGAUCAAAAACAAACAUUUCGUCAAAGCUCCAUAUAAUGUUAUUUUAGCUGCUUAAGAUACAUCCUGGUUCUUUUUUAAUCUCUACAAAAAAUCAUGAAUCCACUCUCAGCGGAGGAUCUGCUUCUAACUUUGUUAUCCGUGUAGUCAUCAAAGUGUACAGAGAUGUUAUGAUGAUGAGGAGCUCUGCUGAUUGGCUGCCUGCACUUGUCUGACAGGAAAGGUGCAGACAAAUUCAUUUCAAACAAUUACAGAUUUAGAGACCCCAAAAUUUAAUGGAAAAAUGAUUGUUUAUAGUUCAACCAUAGACUGUAUAUAAAAUGGAUGACGUCUGCCUCCUCGCUGGGUGAAGCCACCCGAGAACAGCGCCCUCUGGUGACGGGCUGCAGUAUAGGUCAUAAAUCCUGCUUCCUCCAGCAAUCCCUAUGGAGCUGUGGACAAACUUUGGAAAUUAAUUACACAGAAUAUAAUUUUUUUCUCCCCUCUGCUUGCAUUAUUGACAUGUAGUUACUGUAAGACUGGUUUGUGUUCAAGUCUUCUGUACAGCUCCAUUUUUAAAAGUUAUUAGGGGGUUCGUGUUUUCUGUGAUUGGCACUUGAUACAGUCUAUGGGCGUACAAAGAUUGCAUAGCUCACCCGGGGGAUACGCUGUUUGAGACAAGCGUCAUCAUGGUGACUACGAAUACGUACAAUGCUACUGCGCAACUGGUGGAGUGCGUACAUCCCUGCUGCGCAAUGUUAGUUUCAGGAAGUGGAGAAAAAUCGUGGAAAUACAGAGAGCUUUUUGGCUUCAAAUCCAUAUACUAGCAGAAUGCAGAACCAGGUUGUCCAUAGUAUAUACAGUGUAUGAGUUCGACACAGUGGUAAAACGAAGUCUUCUCACAGCGUACUUGUUUAGGGGAAAAUUGGCUGAUCAGAGCAUAUGAAUGUAGAGGCAGAAAAACUUAAAAACAAAGCUGGCGAGUGCCCCAGAAGAAUCUGCACCAGGACACAUACAAACCAAAAAUAAGCAGCUAGCAAGAGAGCAGUAAACCUGUCUCACUCAGAUCUAUGAGAUCUUUAGUCUGCCACUCUGAUACAAACCACACAAGUGUUUUUGCAGGCGUGUCUUUGCUCCUGUUGUCCCCAAACCUCAUUGUUUGGGGCUUUGUUUUCCCAGUAGAUCGGCUAUAGAAACAAGGCAGAGGCUUUUCAUUCCUAAAUUUAAAGGUUGCUGGGCUGAAAGUUCAAGCUGUAUGUACAGACAGAAAAAAACAGUUUUACAUUAUAUGGGACCUUUUAAAGCAGAUUAAAUGACCCCUUUUUGCUCCAUUGAAGAAUACAUUUGGAGCAUUUUUCAUUUGGUCAUAGGAGCUGAUUUUACCACCAUAUUCUAACUAUACCUGUAAGAAAAUAUAAUUUUUCCUCUCAAAGUACUGAAAAAAGUCUUUUUAUGUUGCAAUAUAAUGAUUCAGGUUUGCACCAUAAAGUUUCUCCACAGUCCCCCUCAGGCAUUAUUUAACAUUUCGAGAUGUCAUCAUUUGAAUAAGUGCACAGUCUGCUGAUGAAUCUGAGCAUUAACAAGAAAAAAUUUGCAUUUUCUUCUAAUAACUAAAUGUCACUUUUGUGCAGAUGUCUCAUCACUUGUUAAUAAUUACACUCUUGAGAGUAUUUAAACUUGUUUUCCUUCCACUUUAUACCAGUUUACUGCUGAAUUUCUGGCUGAAUUGAUCUUAAAAAUAGAAACAUGAAGUCUUGGGUGUGAGGAAAUUAAAUUUCAGAGGAGUUUGGAGAAAUAAUCCAGAUCACGACUUCAUCACAGGGUUACCACUUCAGUAAAAAAUAAAAGAGAGGUCUUAACAAGCAGGUAGAUGAAAAAAGCAGUGUUUGCACCCUCUCUGCAAGGCCAGUGCUCACAUUUAUCCUCCUCUUUGUGAAGUCCACCGUUAAUCAAGCUUAUUUUUGAGGCGACCUCAUUCACUGAAGCACAUUCAUACACAAAUAAGAGAAAAAGCAAUUUUUCAAAAGAGUAUCCUAUGAACUCUCCAUUCUACAGCUCUUGUUUAAAUAUAGGCCCAUUCAGAUUGAGACGAGUGAAAUGGUUCAUACUUUAUCUUUUAAUUUGUCUUUUUCAGAGGAGUUUUGUUUCCUUCAGUGACACAGAAGACCCCUGAGAGAGCAGGUAAAAAAAAGUUCAGUUUUAUUAUCUGAAGUGGAAAUGAUUUUAAUGUAAUAACUCUCAUAUUUUCCCGCUGUUAAAUUUAGCAAUGGAGAUGCUCUGUGCUCUACACCAUGAAAUGUCCUUUAAGUCUUAUGUUUGUGGAUUAAUGAGUGUGGUCUCUUUGGCAUGUAUAUUAGUGAAGAAAAAUCUGACAUCAGACAAAUGCACCAACCAAGAAAAAAGCUGAAUUGCCUUUUAAGUUCCUGCCUAUAUCUCUGCUAAAUACAGGGUUUACACUGUUAAAAAAAAAAGACAAUCUAUUCACGAGUUUGUAUUCUUAAUUUGGUGAACAUGAAAAUUAAAAUAGCUAUUAUUUAACAAGAAAAUACAUGUCAGACCAACAAUGUGCACCUCAAUAGAGACCAAAUAUGUAAUUCUAAAUUAGCAGAAUUCGCAAUUUGUUGUUUGCACAACAAAGUAGGAAAAAUUCCCAUAAUGCAGUUCUGACAUUGACCCAUGAGGCCUGCCGAAGAAGACCUAUGGGGUUUACCACGUUCCGUCGCAAGGGCAAGUUCUGGCUACUUGGCUACUUUUUCAGUUUAGCUAACAAUGCUUGUCUAUUUACAUUGCUUGUCUGCUGGAUAAUUAUCUUUCUCUUCCCUCAAGACGUAUUUCUCAGCCGCGUGUUUAAUCCCACAUGUAACUGAGCAGGCACUCGCUGCAGAGAAAGCCGUUAACUCUAGCCAUUAGCAAGCAGCUGCUAGCCGACAGCUAGGGCUGCUAAAUGUUUAUAUUGGCAAAACGAAGAAUAAAUGGUCGUGACAAAUAAAAAAUAAUUGAGCAAAUAAAAGUGUUUAUAUCAGCAAAACGAAGAAUAAAUAGUAGUGACUAUUCACCAAACAGCGUAAACGUAAUUGAUACAUUGAUGAAAUGUCACUUAUGAUAAUGACCUAGCGAAUCGUUGACUCAAUAAAAAAAUCUUACUACAAAAGGUUGCCUUUAAUUUUAAGUUUUCUCAAUUAUUCUUUUUAUUAUAGUGGAUUGAAAACACACAGAGUAGAAGUUUUGAAGCUUUUGUGAAUCAGAAAUUUAACUUUGAUGCUUCAACUUUAAUUUACUUUUCAUUCUAUCACUAAAGUCGCUUCAACGGUAACCCCGAAGGCAGAGGUUCGGACCGACGCCCCACCUGCAGCGACAACAACUCUCCCCGCCAGCACCACGGUCCUCCUCAGCCCUGCGAGUGCCUCUCCAAGCCCUGGCCCCGAUCAGACCCAGCCGGUCGAGGAGGUCAAAGAGGUACCAACAAGCUCUCACAUUCAAAUUUCAGUAUUUAGUCCACACUCUUAUCUGCAGCGAGGAGCACGAGGAGGCUGCAGCUCAAUGAGGAGCUCCUCUGAGGGCUGGAAAUGUCACUCUCAAGCACUGCCACUCGUUCUCCUGCUAUUAUGCAUGAGUAGGAGUUAAACUGUGGGUGCAAAUUUAAAUAUAGGAGUCAGAAUUUAAAGCUUUGUGUUUGUCUGUCUGUUUUCUUCUUUCAGCUUUAGAUUCAUGGAGUUAAAAUAUAUUUAAGACCAGGACUUACGUGGAUUAAGCACCUUGAUUAAAGACUUAUUGAUUCCAUGAGUUAAGCGUGUUGUCAAUCAGGCGGUUUCUGCAUUGGAGAAGUCUGUAGUUUGUUGUUGUGGUAACGUCAUGGAAGUUCAAACGUAUAGAGGUCUAUUCGUCGUCCUUUGGCUUCUGCCAUGUUAGCUGCAGAAGUUUGUGUUGGUUGGAUUCCGGCCCGGGCGAUUAUGUAACAGUCUGAUUUCCACGUUAAUGAUAAGUGGUUAACUCAGUUUGUGAAGCUGUCAGAGCUAACUGGACUGAAACAUAACCUGCUUAGUAAAGGGAUUAAAUUUAAGUCUUUUUACGCCUCAGCCAGGUGAAAGUCAUUGAUGGAGUGGACGUGGUGCAGCGUCUCCUCUUCUCCUGUUAUUAUGAAUGAAAUAUCCCUGAAAUAUUUCAAAUAACUGUUUGUAGAUUUGGCAGAAACUUCCACUUUAGCCGAGUUUCAACUUUUCAAUUUGAAGUUUAACGAUCAAAUCCUCCAGACAGUGGUUGUGGUUAUUACUUAGUAAUUAACUUGUCGUUUUCUCUCAGCCCCCCAUCCAUGUAUUUCAGGUAUUGUAGACUCUCUCGCUCUCUUUCUCUCUCUCUCUGCAGAGACUUGAUUCUGGCUCAGGUGUUUGUGUAACAGCCUGAUUUCUAAGUUAGCUGUCAAUAAGCCCUGUUUGUGUUUUAAGUCCUUAAGCUUGUGAACUCGUGUUCUUGGGUGCCACACUUUAUUCACCGAUCGCCCAGAUACAGUUGGCAGACUCUGACUUUAACUUCUCCAAACGUGAUACAACAGAACAUAAAAUCAUGUUGGCCAAAGGUGGUUAUUUUGGUCACAAAUUCGAGUCAUGUCUGAAAACACUGAGGGAAAAGUUCAAGUUGAAUAUCAAGUGUCUGGAAGGCAAGUCCAAAUCAGGUUUCAAAUCUCCAAGUCCAAGUCAAAUCCCAAAUCCCAUGUAUCUCCAGGGUCAGGUCCAAGACCAGCUUGACUUUCCAUGAUGCAAUUAAAGUCAAAUAUCAAAAGUCAAAGGGACAAGUUGAAAUCAAAUCCCGAGUUUGUGAGGGGCAAGACCAAGUUAAGUCCAAGGUCUGCUAAGGGUAGGUCCGAGUUAAGUGUCAAGUCUGUGGGUGGCAAGUCCUCUUAAGGAAUUACGUUGAAGUAAAAUCCAAAGUUUCAUAGUUGGCAUGUCUUUGUCAAGUCCCACUUAUCUGAGGGGCAUGUCCAAGUCAGAGCUCUAGUCUCUAAGGAAAUCACAAAACUCUGAGGGCAAGUCCUUGUUUAGUCUCAAGUACCCUGUAGAUAAGUCAUGGUCAAAUCUGAAGGCAAGUUCAAGUCUAGGUUAAGGCUUCUGUGUUUGAUAACAGGUCCCAGUCAAGGUGCUAGUUUCUUAUGGUGUAUAAAAGUCACCAUAACCAAACAGAAAAGAAACAAUGGGGAGUUUUCAUGGAUAGAAGUACAGAAGAGGAUGAGGGCCACAUGAAGAGAAAAAAAAUAAUUACAGGAAGGAGAUCAAAGUUGAAAUUUCAAGAUUAAAAAAGCGAAAUUAUGUCAAUGAAGUCGAAUUUUCGAGAUUAAGAAUUGAUUACAAAAUGUCGAAAUGUCGUGAAUAAUGUCAAAAUUUUGAGAUUAAAAAAAUUAAAAUUUUGAGAUCAAAGUCGAAAUUUCAACUUUAUUCACCUAAUUUCAGUUUUUUUGAUCUUGAAAUUUCAAGUUAAAUGUUGAAAUUCCGAAUUUUUUCCUUUCAAUUUUUUUAAUUUCAACAUUUAACUUGAAAUUUUGACUUUAAUCUCAAAAUGGAAAUUAAAAAAUCUCCCUCCUCCAAUUAUUUUUCUCUCUUCUUGUGGCCUUUAUCCUAUUUUGUAUAGAAGACACAUUCUUAUUGAUAUUAAUGUUAUACUCUCCAUGAUCAGACAGUUCGGGAACUUUUUCAGUGCUUUACGUGUGUUACUGUUAAAUCCAGGUAUAAGUCCAGUUUUAAUACAAAUAUAUAUUGUCCGAGUCACAUUUGUAUGUAUUAAUAAUGCGAAACACUUUUAUAUUUCUGGUUGUUUUGUGUUUGCACUGUGGCAGAUUAUUGACCCAAACUAAGUUCCUCAGUCCUGGACUCCGUGUGCAACUAUCGGUAACUUUCAAAAACAAACUUUCCAAAACCUUGAAAAAGUGCAGCGAAGCACAGAAAGCUGCCAGGUCCUUCUAAUGAGUAUACCACAAGGCUUCCUCACUUUGAGCUCAGAGAUUGAUCAUGUGACCUUGCACACUCAGUAUGAGCUCACAGCAGUCUGUCCUCUUUAGCAGCUCUUUAGCAGAGAGGACAGUUUACCUGCUGCAGGUAACAAGGACCUCUGCAGCGCGGGCCCAGCUGUUGCUGUCCCUGCUCUAAAGUUCAGUCCAGACUCCGAGUGAGUUUGUUCCAGCAGCAGAUGGUUGAGGCAGAGCAUUGAGGUUGAUCCAGAGAUAAUUAGUGCUCUCACCUGACUGUGAGUGAUCGGGUUUGGUCUACAGGUGAGAGGACUUACCUUACAGGUCAUGUAUUUAUAUAACUCCUCGAAGGAUGGCUCACUCUGAUUCAGAUCAGAUUAAAUACCGUCACUAAGAGUCCUCUACAAUUCAGGGGAAUAAUUCAAGUAAUGAUGGUUAUUUUGUUGGAGUAGCUGAUGGGUUUUUUAAGGUCCAUAUGAAACGACUUUUCUGUUAGCAAUAAUUGAAUAUAAGGGGAUGUUGAAAGGACACAUAUCCCUGUUAUUGUUGUCGACUCUCUCUUUCCCUCCAUCACAGUUACCUGAUGUCUGGAGUUAUUUGUUAUUUUGCUGUAGAACAUACUGUGUGUUUUCCUCUUUCCUCGCUGCUGACUUGUUUGUUUUGUCUUGAAGGACUUGGAGCUUCCUAACCUGGUCCCCGAGAGCCUGACAGAGCACAUCGUGGAGUUCAGUAUCGACCUGGUGGAUCCAGGUUACCGAGAGCUGCUAGACGACCCUGAUGAUACAGAAUCCCCUCAGUACAUCGACCUGGCUCACCACCUGCAGGACCAGGUGGGACUUCUCUAUUUUUAAUGUGCUUCUGUGGUGUGAAUGUGUUUAUUCCAAGGUUUAGAGAACAGUCAUUUGUAAAUGCCACUGUAUUAUAAUAAUAAUAUCAUUUUUCCAAAUGUCCUUUGAGGGAAUGUUUGUGUUUGUAGAAAAAUGAGAAAAUGAUGAAAAUCAGGGCUGAAGUCGGAAUACAGAUUUUCAUUUUUAGCAAAUCAUUCAAAUCCUUCAUUUACUGGAAGAAAAUUCCAAGACAACUUAUCAAAUGCUCAAAUCUUGCUUUAUGAAACAUUUAUGCUCAUUUUAAAUUUCAUACCAGCAGCACGUGUCAAAAAAGCUGAUACAGGGAGAACAAAACCCUGAGAAACCACUGUCCAAACAUCGUUCAUCACUGCAUCCACAAAUGAGGUUUAAACAGAACCAUGCAAAGAGGAGACCAGAUAGAAACAGGAUCCAGAAUCAUCAGAGACUUCUCUGGUCCUGAGCUCAUUUAAGGUGGACCAAGGGGGAAAAGAAAACGGUCAUGCGGUCUGAAGAAUCAAAAUCUGACAUUCAUUUUGGAAAUUCUGGACGCUGCGUCCUCCUCUCUAAAAAGUGGAUGGUCCACCCCACUUUUUCUCAGCUCCCGGUUCAAAUCCAGCAUCCCUGAGGGUAUAGGGAUCAACAGAGUCCAUGUCAUGGGUAGCUUCCACAUCUGUGAAGUAGGGCUGGGCAAUAAACCAAAAAUUUACCGAUACAGAAAUUUACAACAAUAACCAACGUCAUUUUGCCCAUAUCGGUAUAUUCUGUGUAAAUAAAAGUUGGUUUUGGAGGUGUGUAGGUAGGCUAUGGUCUCAUGUUUAUUUAAGACGCUGUCUUACGCUGGAGACCUGACUCCACCCCAUCUAGUCCGUAACAAAGAGGGAAGGACAGGUGAGGAGAUGGAGGACGGUUCAAAAGUUGUAGCGGCUGAAGUAGACGAAGUUAAUGUGGGAGAGGGUGAGCAGCUUGUGGAGUAGUUAUAGUCUAUUUAUCAUUACCGACGUGAAGUGCUCAAUAUAUCGUGAUACUGAUUGGAGGCCAUAUCGCCCAGCCCUACUUUGAAGGCUCCAUUAAUACUAAACAAUAUGUAGAAAUCCUCUAACAGACAAGAGUGAAACAACAUUUCACUUUCAGUCUCCAGAACCUGGUCUGCUGGAUUCACUAAGGUUCACAGAGAGUUGGUUAGAGAAGAGCUGAGAACACACGAUGAGAAACAUGAACCUGGAACAGCUUUUUUUAUUGUUUUUUUUUUAUUGUUUUCACAUUGAAUACAUUGUCUUUGCACUAACAAUCACUCUAGUGUCAGUAAGCGGUGACCUGUGCAGGCGUGCAUCAGCAGUAUUUUCCUCACCUCUCCUGUCGGGAUUAUCUCCUGUACUCAGGUUUUCAGUCAGGUUUCUCAGGUCUGUGAGUCUCCUCUCUGUCCUGAUCGUAAAGAGACUCACACUUCAGUCAGUCGGGUCAGGGCAGCAGUGAUCGCACUUCUCCUCCUCGGGGUUUUUCUUUCACUGUAGCCCUAAAAGCAAUUCCUGUAAAUAAACGAAGUACUUUAGUGUCAUUUCCUGGUUUAAAAGACUCUUAGUUGGUGUUGGGAGCAUGUAAGGACGCACACGUUUCUCAGCAGGAUGUUCUCUAAUGAGGCCUGUAAAGACGAUUACGUCAUAAGAGUGUUCAGGUGCUUAAAUGUCCCAAAGAUAGAUAUCAAUGAGGGAUUCCCAUUCAUGCAGCCCUUUUUAUACCCUCAGGCUGGAGUCCUGCCAGGUUAUUAACGAGCUCCUGUUUGACGCCUCCCAGUUAAUUACAUUAGCCUCCACAGAGGGAGGGUGAUUAUGAGGCGUCCUAACUGACGUUCACGCCAUUAAAAAAAAGUCUUUUCUGCUUUCCAGAUGCUGCCUGUUUUUGACAAACUUCAGGGAUUCAGAGGCCUGCGUGUGCGGCGGAUCAGGUGAGUCCUGAGCAUCGCGGAUAUUAAAGGGGCGUGAGGGAGCAGAUGAGAACGAGGGGUGCAUGCUUAAAAAAGAAAAUCUAAUCUCCAGCGUGGCCACGGCGGCGGCGAGACAUUCCACUGAGCCGGGAUAAUUUCAUUAAAUUUGAAAUGAGCGGAUGGUUUGGCACAGACAGCCAUUUGAAUAGAUAAGAGGCUGCCUGUCAGAGGGAUUGUGUCAGACGCUGCUGCUGCUGCAGGCCGGCGUUUGGUGCCAUGACUAACCAGACUGAAGACGGGGAGAGAUUUUUCACUUAUCCUCUUUUCAGGGACAGUGACAUGACUGUGAUUCUCUUACACUGAUCAGCCUCAACAUUACAACCACUGACAGGUCAAGGAAGCAUCACCGUGUUUCGUCUUGCACCUGCGAGGACGUGAUCGACGAGGCAGCAGGUGAACUUUCAGUUUUGGAAGUUAGAAGUGGUCUGCAGGGGUCAGAACCUACUGAAGUGGUCCAAAGAAGAAACACAGUGACACAGAUAACUGAUGGCCCAGUGAAUAAGUGAAAGCUUGAUCUUAUCGAAGGGUGAGCAUCAGGGUUUAUAUGUUUGGUGCAGAUCAGUCAGAGUGUCCAUGCAGUGCUCAGUCCACCCCAACUUGUAACUUCCAGACCUCAGGGGAGACCCACUGUAGUUAUCCCCCCACUAUCCUGGGGGUCAGUCCUUAUUUAUCAGUCCAGUCUCCGCCUGAAACACUUUGUUUUGGCUGCUCUCUCACUGAUAUAAAGAAAGACACAGUUUGGGGAGUUACUUUUUCCUCUAGGGGCAGACAGCAGUGGCACCAGAGACCACAUACACAUAAAGUCAAAGAAGCCAAUUUUAUAGCAAAAAGAAAAAAAAAACAGUUUCAUUUCUCUCUUUUCACUUUCUGUACAGGGAGUGAAAGAUUUUUGUUUCUAAGAUUUUAAGGGUACGAAGAUGACGGAUCAAAGCUGACCUGACUGAGAGACAGACUCUUAGUUUCAAGAAAGCUAAAAUCCUGUCUUUGGGAGGUCAACCAAACAAAAAUUAGGUCUAUUUAAGAGUAACAUUUUUUUUGGAACAGGAAAAAAUGUGGGGUAUUGCUUUUUAUUUUUUAUUUUUUCAAUAACACAUUUUCUAGUGAGGUUGUGGAGAAACAUAAAAAGUUGCUCCUAAGUGAUCCAGAACUGAAAAUGCUCAAAACUCCAAUUUUCAGAGACAACUUUAAGCUUUUUUUCUCCUCUCAUCUCUUUGGUAAUUAGAUAAAUGAUUAAUCAAAAAGAAAUGAAUAAAACUGUUUUCCUCUAAUAAAAAAUAGAUCCAAACACUUGAGAAGAAAAUACUGUAUUUAUCCUUGAAUGAAGAAAAACAGCUGCAGUUCUAAGUUUAAGACUACAUUAAACCAUCAUAAAUGACCCAGAAAUGAAACACUAAUGAAGAACUGACAUGAUGAAACACUAAACCCCCUCUGUCUGUGCUCAGUUUUUUGAUCAGUUUUAAAUCUUAAACAAUAUAAAACAGUUUUAAGACCAGAAUCCCAGCCCUCCUGUCCUCUUUGCUCUAAAAUAAAAAACUCCCCGAUACUGUCGCUCUCAGAUAACGUUGACAAAUCCUCUGUCAGACCGAGCACCAAACUGACGGAUGUUUGAUCGCCAUCACUGCUGACAGUCGUUUUACAGAAGAGACAGUGAAUUGACGGCACAUUUUACUGCUGUCAGUCUCUACAGACACAGACACAUCAACCUGCUCUGCACAAAUACAGUCUGUAAAGGAUGGAUGGAUGGAUGAUACACUAAGACUUCCUCACCAGAUGCAUAUUUAAGGUUUUAGGAUUAAUUUUCUGUUCAAUUUUCUGAUGGUGUUUGCAUGGUAGAGCGUUUGUAAUGUUAUAAUUGGAUCUUAAAGCUUAAAUUGUUGGAUUUUGUUUCAUGUCUGACUCAUCUUUGAGCAUCUUGUUGGAUGUAAAUGUUCUUCUUUUCAUCCCUUGGAUUUUACGUGACUCAUAGAUUCAUAAAAGUAUCAAAAAUCAAAUCCACAUGGUCCAGAUGAAGCCACUUAAUGGAGCUUUAAAUGGCUCAGUGUAUUUGUUUUCACUGUGUCAUGAUUAAAAGGACUUAAUACUGAGUUUUUUUUUGGUCCACCAACAUGCUCACAGUUUUUUUUGUCUUGAGGUUGAAGUGACUCAUUUUCCUGAUCUUUCUCCUCCAUGUUUCUCUUUUCUCUCCAACGGCAGCGAGACUCGGGACACUGAAGGGUAAAUGACACUCACGACAGAUUUAAGUCUUCCUGUAGACUCCACCCUCAUGUUUGUGUUAGUGCAGCCUCCCGCAUUUGGAUCAAAGUCAGAUGCAGAAAAGAAAUAAAGGGGGAUCAUUUUUCUGCAGACAGCUGAAAUUGCACAGUUAACUGCAGGAACCACUGGUCUCCUGAAACUAGAGGAAGUUUUAGAUGAAUUUUCCUCUUGUUGAAGGUUAAAAUGAGUCGUAAUGUGCCGAUUGUUCCUCCAAAGUUUGCUCCAGUCCUCAUCUUUUCCCUGGUUAUCAGAGCCGGCAGGUGAGACGGAAAGGCUUGUGGAUACAGUAAUUGUGGAGCUGCUCCCCUCCUUGUUAAUUUGCCUUCCCCCAUGGUGUCUGGCGCUGUCACGGCCAAUAAUACUGAGACGAGGCCUCAGCGGGAGCUCGUCCUCUAAUCUCAUGACGGAUUCACAGCCUCUCUUGCUUUUGUCUGCCAGACUGGAGCACUCAGGGAUGAUGAGGGAAAAACCUCCUCAGACUCACAUCAUGUCUCAGACUCAGACUCAGUUUACUUCACAGAGACCAACAAUUUAGAGAAACCCCCAAAACAUUGACCUCAGUUUGGUGUGAUGUGCUCCUCCUCUGUUUUCCUCAUUAGAAUUUGACUUUAUUCUGGUUUCUUUAAGAUCACAUUAGAAACUCGGAUUUAUAGCUGUAAAAUGUCAUCCUCUGAGUUACUUUGACUCUUGCUGUAGUUGUUCUGUUUCUUGUAGUUCUUUCCUGUCCAUUUGUAGUUUUUUAGGUCUCAUUAUGGUUUCAUUGGAUCUAUUUUCAGUCAUCUUGUGUCUUUUUUUUUUGUUGCUUUAAGUCCGUUGACAACCUCUUACAGCAGUUACAUGUCAUUUUUGGACAGUUUGCAUCCCCCCUGUACCUUUUAGUGUCCUUUUGCACCGGUCAGUUGUUUUUUUGAGACUCUUUGUGGUUGUUCUGUGUUACCUUUUCUUGCUCUGUAUUUUAGUUAAGUCUCAAAGGAUGUUUUGUGUCUGUGUUUAGUUUUAUGUCUUCUUGCUACUGUUUUACUUAUGUAGGUGAAUUUUCUUGCAUAUCUUUGGCAUCCCUUUGUUGUUGUUGUUUGCCUAUAUUUGUCUUUUUUGCUGCUAUUCUGAUUACAUUACAUUUCCAGCUUCCUCUGGAGUUUGUUUCCUGUGUGUAUGUGUCAGGUUUUUUGUUUUUUUGCAGUUGGUUUUCUUGUUUUUGCACUUUUUUACUCUGGGUCUCUCGGUUCCUUUCGGACCUCUUCUUGUCAUUUGUGUCUUUUUAGAGUUGCUCUGGGUCUCUUUGUGAUAAGUUCUCGUAAAUUUGUCUUUUAGCUUUAAAUUGAUUUUAUUUUUGGCUUUAAGGUUAUUAUUGCAUUUAUUUGCAGUUUUCUUGUGCUGGUUUUAAAGUUGCAUUUGGCCUCAGUAGAUGAUUUUUUUAAUCUAUCUGUAGUUAUGCGUAUUUUUGUGUCUUUUUGAUUGCAUAUAUAUGGAAAACAACACCCUUUUGUAUUGAUAUUCUCUGUUUUAGUAGUUUUAUGUAUCAUUUUAGGGUUUGUUUUGUCUAUUCAAGCAAAUAUUCUUGCAUAUCAUUGCUGGCAUUAACGUCUUUGAGGUCUCUUUGUUGUCAUUUCUCUUGGUACAUAGUUGUGUUGUGCCAAUUUGCUGCUGUUUGCUACUGUUUGUGGAAAUUUUUUUAUUAUUUUUUUUUAUUUUUGAACAAGAGUAGACAUAAAAUAAUUACAUAUUAAAAACAAAGAAGUUCAGCGAAACUGUGCAGGAGAGGAAAGAAGCCAAAAGGACUUAUACAGAUUCCUCCCUAUCAGUACAAGUGAAUCAAAACAUGCUAAAUCUUAAACAACACAACAUCAAAUAAACUACAUGACAAGAAAAUAAAGAAACAUGUGCAAGAUAAGUGGAUAAGCAGCUCUGUUUUAUGUAUUUCCUGUACAGGAGUUUUUUUUUUUAACCAUCACAAACAAAGUUUUCCUCUUUUUAGUGUCUCAGAUAGCUUUUUAUUAAAAUUUAUUGAUACAGGAGCUGAUGUGGUCUUUUAACCCUCACACAGACUCUCAUAUUUACAGUUGAAGGUGCAACACGUCUCCAAAAAAAGAUCUCUGUGCAUUUUCAGGUUGGAUGAAAGUGAAGAAAAUAGCUGCAGAUAAAGAGAUCUUUAAAGACUGAAGGUAAAGAUUGAAGCUGUUUGGUUUGAGUUGAUCUGCUUCAGAUAAACAUUUCGCGGCACAUUAGUGUCUUUGAAAAGUUAAAACGCUGUAAUUAGGCGUGUCUGCGCAGCAUCAGAGCAGAAACAAGAACAAAGAAAAGCUCCACUCAGAUGUGAGAAAUAGAUGCUGGCUGACGAAAUCAUCUGCAACAGGUGAGCUUCGUUCAACAUAAAGAGGUGAGCUUGCAUGUGCGUACUGCUGCAGGUUCCUUACAUGAUAAAGCAUCAUGAUGGAGAGGGGACGAGGUUUACAGGGGUGUUUACAGACUCACUCAGGUCCUCUGAAGACAAAGAUCUGACUGUGAAGAAAGAAAGUGAUGUUUGAAACUUAGAACAGCUGCAGAAAUCUAAUGAAGAAACUUUUGUUUGGCAGACAAAAGAAACUAAAAACAUAUCAUCACUAUUCUGAUCAGAGCCUCGCGUCUGUAAAUCAGCUUGUUCUCUGCCGACGACGGCGACUGCAAAGAAUAUUAAUGAAGCUUUAAUGCAGUCUGACUUUCUGUCAGGCUUAUUUAAUGUGAACAAACCCCUCUGAGUUUAUUUUUUUUGGUGUUACUGUCUCUGUCUCUGUCUGUUUUGUUUGCUCUGUUGUUAUUUUUGUUUGACCUUGCAGCAGUUUUUCUUACUAUUCUUUCUUUUGAAUCUGUAAGUUUUGGCGUGACUUUGCAGCACUUUGUCCUGUUUUUAUAAACAUUUUGCAGAUCUUUGAUGCUGUGUUGUGUCUGCUGGGGGGGGUUUGCUCAAGUUUCCUACAGUUUUUCUUAUUUUUGUAAACAUCUUGCAUCUCUAUAUUGCCAUUUUUCCACUGUACAGAGCACAAACAGCAGAUUUUUAUGUUCAUUUUUGAAGACGUAUUGCUUCUAUUUGUUGCUAUCGUCUCUGUUUUUGUUUCUGUUUAGUAUCUAAUUGUAGAUUUGAGUGUGACUUUGCAGAAGUCUGUUCUAUUUUUUAGGAUAUAUUGUAUUUAUUUGUAAUAAUUUUGGUUUCUUGGAUAGUCCUUUGAGCAGCUUUGUUUGUCGUUAACUUGCCAUCUUUGAUAUUAUGUUGUUGUGGGUUUGUAGAUUUUGGUGUCACUUUGCAGACGUCUUUUUUUAAUUUGAGGACAUUUUGUAUGCUUGUUGCUGAUUUGAAUGGUUGUUGCUGCAGUUUUGUGUCUUCUAGCAGAUUUUGUAAAUGUUUGUUGUAAUUUGUCUCUUGUUUGUGAAUGCUUUUUAUCUAUCUGCUGAUGUUUGGGUCAUUUGCAGUGGUUUGCUCGUCUCUGUAGAUAUUUUGCAUUUCUUUGUUGCAGCUCUGUGUCAUUUUUUGUUUUUUUUGUGACACUGCAGUCAUCAAUUUUGUAUUAAUUUGUUGCCGUAUUGUGCAUAGUUGUUGUUAUGUCAUGUAUUUGUUAGUUUUUGUGUCUUUUGCAGUUGUUUGCUUGUCUUAAUAGAUAUGUUUCAUCUCUCUGUCCCUCUGUUUCGUGUCUCUUUGUGGUCAUUGGUGCAUCCUUGUUGUAGCUAACCUUGAUAUCCUGCCUGUGCUCCUCUGACUGCAGCACCACACAGCUUUUCAUUACCUCUGUCCGACACCUGCUGGGUGUUAAACUGUGCUCCGGCUCUCUGCACUUCAUGCUGAGAGUCCAAAUCCCUUUAAUCCUGUGUCAUUUGGAGUUAUUAACAUUUUCAUUACCCGUGACACUGACAAAUUAGAGCUUUUGUGUUGAAUAUCUGGAAAUAAAUGGAGUUAUAGAUUAGAUUUUUACUGGCCAAAAGCAGAAAAUCACCUCGGCGGAGGGCCGGUAUCUGCAGCGGGUUGAUAUAGAUUAGAAAAUCAAUAGCGUUAGGGUGAAGAAUGAGAGCCAUCAACUCAGACAGAUAAUAUCUCCUUCUCAGGCUGGGAGGAAUCACGGUGCACUACUCUCUGCUCUUUGAGAAUAACAUCCCUAAAAUCAGCCCUGAGACUCUGGACACGGUGGGCACACUGGACUCUGCAGGCGGCUCAGCGCUCAGAGGAAUGGUGGCCAAGGCUUUACGGGAGGACGCCCUGCUGCCCAUCGACCUGGACUCAAUUAACUUUGAACGAGGUGCAGCUGCUUAUCCUCUAAAGAAAUGACUCUUUAUUUUUCACCUUUAUAAAGCUGCACUCUGGAUGAAUAUUACCAAUAAUUUUUUCUGCUCUUUUGUUUUAACAGAGACUGUUCUCCUUCCUGCUCUGACAUAUACCUCCUCAGUAACAAUACCAAAAGAGGUAAGCUUCUUCAGUGCUGCUGAAACCAACAGUGGUACAUCAUUAUCAGUCAUUAAUGGUGUUUAAUUAAGCUGCGUUUCCACCCAGCAGUCCAGUUCAGCUCAACACGGUACUGCUGAUGUACAUAAUUAAGUUUCCUCUCUCCAAAGUUGAGUUAAAAAACAAACACUUUUCUCCAUUUCUUAUAAAAAACACGCUUUAAAAUUUCCCAACACGGGGUUAAUGGAGCACCAGAAAUCUCAGAGGGGCACAAGACUGAGUCAGCUCUGAGGCUGAUGUAUGAUUAUACAUAUGCUGGAAAGUUUGUACAGUCUGUAGAUAAUGCUGUGUUAUAGAUUUAUCCUGGUAUGGAUGUGGUGACAGCAUGAUGUGUUUCAGGUCAUGAGACUGACAUGAAACGUAUGCACAUGUACAUCUUAGGACAGGUUUUCUUUGAUUUAAGGGGAAAGGUUGAUGGCCACAGUUUUAAAGUAUCAGAAUCUGGAGUUGCCCUAGUGAGGUUUUUACAUGUUUAAUACUGUACAUAUUAACAGAGUAAAAUUGGUGUGACUCGUAAUGGUGCAUGAAAGUUCAGGGACAAGAAAAAAGCAAUGUUGAGACUAACACUGAACUUUGCGAGCUUUUGAAUUUGCAUAGACACAUAAACUGUGAUGCAGGAACACAGUUAUGAAAAACUGUUGACAGCCUCUCCUUUAAUCAUGUCGUAAAUCUAUCUCUGCUCAGUCUGCAGAGCCUGCUUCUUACACUGAGCUGGAAGUUUCACCCAAAGAGCCUGAAGUUAUUAAGCCUGAUCUGGAGGUUCCCCUCGGCCCCACAGAAGAGGGAGAAGAUGCCCUUAUGACCCCGUCAGGCCCCUCAUCUCCUCCGGAUCAUGAGCUAGUGCCGGUGACAGUGGGGACGGCGCAGAGCAGCAGUCCUCCCCCUGCCCCCGAAGAGGAUAUUACUGAUGAGUCAGAGGCAAUUUAUGAGAGCGAGCCUGAGCCAUCCAGUGAAGAAGAGGAGGAAGAGGAAUUACCAAUCAUUACACACGAGAUUGAAACCAUUCAUCAUGACAAAACCGGGGAACUUGUGAGGCACUACAUCCCGACUCCUCCUGAGGAUUUGGAGCUGGAGACAGAAGCUCCAUACAUCAGUUUGUCUCCCAACCUGAUAUCAGAGGAAGACCUUGCACCUGUGGAUGAAGACAGCAACGAUCUUAGUGUAAAUGUUGUAACUACCUCUACUUAUGAUUUAUUAACUACAGCUCCUGCUGGAGAGGAGCUGACCGGACAGGAACUCACAGUUACAACACUCUCGGAAAUCACCGGCCAGCCGCCCACAGAGCCGAUAAUUGAUGUUGAGGAAGACGAGGAAGUUAACGUCCUUCCAGAUGAAGAAGAAGCUGAUGUUGACACUGAUGAAGUCCUAGAGACUGCGGCGCCAGCUGUUUCAGAAGUUUCUUUUGAAUCACUGGAGCCAGACAGUGAGUCAGUGGUGGAACAAGAAGAGGCAGAAGAAACAGAAGUAAAGGAGGAAGAAGCUGAGGUUGCAGAACCAGAGGAAAAAGUAGCUGAAGAGACAGAAGCACCUGUAGUUUUAGAAGAGGAGGAAGAAGGUGAGGAAGAGGAGGUAGGGGAGGUCAUAGAACCAGAGGAAGGGGUACCUGAAAUCUCAGAGGAAGAGGUAGAUGUAGGUGAGGUUUUAGAGCCAGAAGAAGAAAAAGUCAUAGAGGAAGUAGAAGAAGUCGCAGAACUAGAGGAAGAAGAACCCAACGUGUUGGAACCAGCCAUAGAGGAAGCUGAGGUUUCAGAGCCAGAUGUAGAAGAACCUGAUGAGUCAGAUCUUACAGAGGAUGUAGCUGAGCCAGAAGGAGAAGAAGAAGAAGAGGUACAAAAAGGUUCAGAACCAGAAGAGGAAGUGCAAGAGGUCUUAGAAGCAGAGGAAGAAGAAGCUGAGCCAGUUGGAGACUUAGCUGAAGAAAAGGGAGAAGUACAAGAAGUUUCUGAACCAGAAGAAGAGGUAGCUGAAGUUACAGAACCAGAGGAAGACGUUUCUGAAGAGGAGGAUGUGGUGAAUGUAGAGGAAGGUGUAGAGCCAGAAGAAGAAGAAGUAGAAGAGGCUGGAGAAGUUUCAGAGCCAGAACUACCUGAACCUGAAGUUGAGAUUGUUGAGGAAGAAGAGGAUGAAGAAGAGGAGGUUCAGUGGCCAGAAAUAGAAACAGUUGAAGUUACAGAGGCGGCAGAAGAAGAAACAGAAGAAGGUGAAGCUGCAGGCCCUGAGCCUGAAGAGGGUGAUAAGGUGUCAGAACAAGCUCCAGAGUCAGAAGACGAGUUAAAUCUUGAUGGGGAUGCAGAAGAAGAAGAAGAAGUAUUAAUGCCUGAAGUUCCUGAACCGGAGGCAAAGGAGGAACUGGUUGAUGUUGUUGAACCUGUAGAAGAACAAGAGGAGGCAGAAGACCUUGAACCAGAGGAGGAAGCUGAGGUACCAGAGGAGGAGGUGGUUGAGAUUUUGGAAGAAGAAGAAGGAGAAGGUGUGGUGGCGGUAUCUGAACUAACACCUGAAUCUGCACCAGAGCCAGAAGAUGCAGAGACUGAGGAGGAGGUAGUUGAGAUUGCAGAAUCCGUGGACGAACCAGAAACAAGUGAAGAGGUUGAGGUCACUGAAACAGCACCAGAACCUGAAGAAGAGGAACCACUACCAGAGGAAGAGGAUGUUAAAGUAGAAGGAGCAGAAGAAGUGGUUGCAGUUCUUGAGAAAGAACCACAACCUCCAACAGAAGCGGUGGUAAUUUAUGAGGAAGAGGAAGAAGAGGCAGCUGAGAUACCUGAAGAAGCAGUAGAAGAUAAUGUUGUGCCAGCUGAAGAGCUACCCAAGGUUUCAGAACCAGAAUCAGAAGAUGUUGUUGCCCCAGAUGCAGAACCAGUCUCAGAGGAGAAGAUAGUCACCCUUUUAGAACCAGAACCUGAGGAUGAAGUCACUGAACAACCAGCUGUGUCAUUUACAAUCAUUCAGUCCCUGGACAGCUUAGAACAUCUUCACUUCGAGGAGGACACCGUUCGGGUUGACAAAGAAUUUGAGUACCUUCCUCCAGUCAAUCCUGAGAUUCCCCAUCCGCACCAGGAGGAUAACUUAACCAUCCUGCCAGAAGAAACUCAGCCCUCUGAAGAGGAACCAGCUGAACCAGACCAAGAGUAUCCCGUCAUUGAUGGCAUUACUGAGGAAGGUGCUGAGAGUGAAGACACGCAGGUGUUUGGUGACACUGGUCCUGUCCUUACCCCAGAAACAGAGACUGAUGAAGGGCUUGAAGAAACCUCUGAUAUCACAGGUGAGGAAGCAGCAUUUGUUGCCUGGCAGAGCAUGAAAUGAUAAGUGAAUAAGGCGUGUACUAAUGCUGAUAGAGCUGUGCACUGACAUUCCUGAAAAUAAUUAAAGAUCAGACGGUUAUUUUGAGAUGCUGCUGUUGGGUUAAAGGUGAACUCCUCCUGCUCAUUUAGAAAACUGUAAACCUCAACACACUCAGUACUCAAGAAGCAGCAACCUCUGGUGUUAAAAACUAAAGCUGGUGCAGAGGUGGCAAAAAACUGCAGUUUCUUGAGUGUCCACUUGAGGCUGUUGCCAAAAGCAAAGUAAUCUCUGAUAGGUCACAUGUUAAAAUGUUCAUUAUGUUGAUAGCUUAUUUUAGGAUUUGGGCCGCACAGUAGUUAGCACCAUUGCCUUGACUUGGACGUUUCUGGUGUGGGCUUUUCUAUGUGGAGUUUGCGUGUUCAACCAGAGUAUGCAUAUGUUCCUUACAUAUACUCUGUCCUGAUGGGGCGCUCACACCAAGCACAAGGAAAAUCAUCUACUAGAUCACGUGAAUGAAUUGUAUUUACUCGCUUCAUUGAUGCGUCAACGGUCAUUUCAACGGUAAUCCCUACCAAUUCAACCGGUGGGAUCAGGUGAUAGAGAAAGGUUUUUUACAAUUUACCAGGUAAUCCCACCUCCUCACUCCCUUGCCUCCAGACGAGCUCCUUUUUAUUCCGGUUUUGGUUAUUGAAAGUAAAGAUAUCAUAUAAUUCAGGGCACCCACACUCCGACACAAUCAGUUUGUCCUCCAUUUUAGAUACCAGUGAACAACCGUUGGUUCUCAUACGUCAUUCAGCAACCUUCUGCUGAUUAGUUAUGGCAAUGCGAAUAUCCACUCAAAUUUAGACAUUUCUAACUCAUGCCCAAUUCGCAUCAUUUGCGCCGCCAGAGUUAUAGGAGCGUCUAAUCGUGUCUGUGCAUUGACUUAACAUGUAAUUCCUUCGCACAAAUGAAUUUAAUCGCGCUCGGUUGUGGAGACUGUAAGACUUGCUUAUUAGGCUAAUUGGUUGCUCUUAAUUGCCUGUAGAUGUGAGUGCAUUUGCUUCUGAUUUUAUGCAUUUGAAUAUAGGCCUUAAUAAGCUUUCCUUGACUUUUGGAGCCAGCCUCUAGUGGACACUAAAAGAAUUGCACUAUUCGGCUUUUGUUUAUUGGCUUUAUUCUAUAUUGGAGGUCUCUGUUUAGAUUCAAAAGGAUCCAGGAAUAUCAAAUUUCUCCGGGUCGAUAAAUAAAGUUCUUCUUAUCUUAUCUCAAAAUAUUAUUUUAAGUGAAAAGUUUUGGUAGUGACAGUAAAAAUUCAGCUUGGUGCAGUUUGGCAGUGAUUUGUGUAAUUCAUUCACCUUUGUGUCAUGUGAAAAUCCUUUAGCAGCACUCAUGUCUAAACUGGUGUUUUUUUUCCCUGACAUUUCAAAGUGGUGACAGCUCCAGAGCAGCUGGAGACAUCAGAGGACAAUGAUGUAGCAGAGGAUUUGCAAGAGGAGACACAAGAAACAGACUCUAGUGUAACAGAAGAACCGGUUUCAGACAUCUCCACUACUCUGACAGCCUCUGUGGAUGUGUAUGCACCCAUCCCGUCUAUUGACACUGGACUCUUUGAAGUAGCAGAGCUUCCUGUAUCCCCCGAGGUCUCAGAGGAAGAUGUCUCAGAGCCAGAGAAGAGUGAACCAGCUGUCAUCAUUAUCGAUGAGGAGUUGGAAACGCCAGUGCAAAAAGAAGUUCAAAGCCAAACCAUCCUGCCAGCAGCGACUGAAGACAUCGUUGAUGAGUCUGUGAGGGAUCUGGCUGAGGAGCUGGAUAAAAUGGACAUACCAGCCACGGAUCCAAGCCAACUGGUGGAGGAGGGGAGCAGCUUUUUACCUAUAGAGGAGGAACUCAGCACCAUCAGUGUGACAGCCCCACCGCCUAUUAAAUACCUGACCACGCCUACAAUGACCACAGCAGGCCAGGGUAAGGAGCUGGUGGUGUUCCUCAGCCUGCGUGUCACCAACAUGGACUUCUCUGAAGACCUCUUCAACAAGACGUCUCCAGAGUACAGGUCUCUGGAGAACAGGUUUUUACAGCUGGUGAGUACAUCAGAGAGCUCAUAUUCUGUUUGCAUUAUCAACCUUUUCAAGUCAUUAGUGAAUAACUAAUGCCUGGUCCAUAUUUCUUCGAACUCUUUUGGCGUUGAAACGAAACUUUUUUAUUUGUAUUCCCACUCUGAAGCAGUAGCUGUUAACAGAGGUAAUAAGUUUUUAAUGGAUGUGGUCAUCCAUAACACCAUCUGUUGGCGAUCUCAGCCUCAGAUUCUUAACAUCUCUGGAAGGGAAUAAAAUCAAAUCUGGCUCAGGAAAUGUUUUGGCAGAGAGGAUUGAAUUAUUUUGGUCAAACUCCAAAUUUCAAAGGCCAGUCUGACCUCUCAAUAUUUCUCAGUGCUGGUUGAAUUAAAGACCUGGCCCAAACUUCAGGAUUCAUAUUCUUAUGACGCACUAACUCAUAAAUAUGGAAAAUGUCAAAAUGAAGGUGUGAGGCCUUUGUUUCUUCAAAGGACAAAGAUCAGUUUUACUUUGACGUCAGUGUGGCCUUGAAAGAGACUUUUCUUGUCUAUGCAGACUCAGAAAUUUCUGGAUGGAGUGUUUCAAAGUUGGCAGAGGAAUAGUUUAAACCAACAGACAUAUUGAUCUGGUUUUGGUGAUCAAUUGUCUAGGCUGGUCCACAGGAAGCACACCUCCUUAUGUGGUGGUUAUCGAUUCUUGAUGGGCAGAGAUGCAUACUAAUUAAUGGUUGAUUUUUUUUUUUCAGUGGCUGAUGCUGAUACAUGUUAUUAGACAGCAGCUUGGUCAAUGGACGAUACAUAAUGCUGAUAUCACAAUGUGGUUGUUUUUGCUUGUUUUUGAAUUUUUUUUUUGCAUUUCAGAAAACAAAACAAUUCAAAAAACCCAACAAACUGAGAAAAAAAUGCCAAAACCCUGUGAAUAUUAAUCCACUGAGGCACCUCCUCUGCUGUUGUAGUUAAAGAGGAAUUUGCGAUUGAACCCUUACUUCGUCCUCAAGCUUUCCACAUGUUCUCAUGUUGUGAUUAUCCACUUACAAUCUUAGAUUACAGCACAGGUCCUCCAUUGUUGUGGAAAAUCAUCACUGUAUUCAUUUACUGAGAUCGAGAGAAUCAUUCAAUGGUCAGGUUACGUUCAAAUUUCCCUCUGCUGGAUCUAGCUAGCAGCUAUUUCAGACAGCCUGGUGUACUUUGAAUUGAAAUGGCUUGUUAAAGUUUGGAACUUUUUCCAUCAUACUGAAUUUCAGAUAAAAAGAGACCGCCCUGUUCAGUUGAACUAUGUCACUUCUGUAACUGAUUAUAGUCUUAUGUUUUUAAAGGCUUUUUAGGAAAGUGUAAUACUCAGAAAUAAUACAGGUAACGUAAAGUUAAGCUUGAUUUUGAUGGUAGGGCUACAUUUUUAUUUACCUCUGGGUCACAGAUGGUUUGUUUUAAUUGUCUAAUGCUCAGCAUUUUCAUUACCCCAGCUCUCUAAAGGUGUCCCAUCUGGUAGGUAAAUAAAGGAUAAAAAACUGCCUGCACUGUGGCUGUUUACCUGGUGUUUAAGCUGCUCUCAGUCACUGUGAUUUAAGACACUUCUUAUACGUAGAAAAUCCUCCGAAAUGAUAGAGUUUAGUGACCUUAGGAAAUUCAGUUCCUUUCCGACAAUUUCUGACAAUUAGGGCAGGUGAAAAAAUCAAUUUGGUGGUGCGUGACCUUUCUUGGUGAGUUUCAUUAAGACUUGAGAGGUAAAACAGAAACUCUGAGACGAUGAAUGAGCAGGCACAGCUGCGGUUCAUUUGUACUUUGGAUUUCUGUCUGACAGAGUUCCCCUCAUGCCCUCAGAGUCAGACUUGCAGCUCUCUGGGAUGUGAAUGGAUAUGUUUUGAUGUUUUGGAUGAAUAGAGGAAGUGGGGAAAUAAUUUCAAGCUCAGGCAGGUACAAUACGGCCUUCAUUUUUACUGCAAACAAUGACGGGGCUAAAUUAAUGAGGUAGGGCGAGCGGUGCAGCAGGAUUCCUGACUUAAAUAGGAGACCACACGGUGAGUUAUUGUGGAUCUACUCUGUGAGAAAAAUACUAAAAGACUUGAGCUGGGUGCAGGGUUAUUUUCCUCAAAUUUGAACACUGAACAGAGUCUGUUCAGGACAACAGAAAGAAAUGUUCUCUAUUAUUUAAGACGAUUUGCAACUUCAGUUUGGCAAAAUUUACAGUCAAAUUAUGUUUCUAAAGAGGGUGAACUUUUCUUUGUACCUCCUUAUUAGCAUGAACACUCAGUCGACAGGUCAUACACACUGUCUUUGUUAUUUGCUGUUUAUUAUUGCCGUUUACUCUCUUCUGGAUGUAACUUUAAUUAGCCUAUUCUCCUUAAACAAGAGUGUAAAUCCUUUAAAUGAUAAGCCAGGCAGCCGUUGAAUGCAGACACCCUGUUAGCUGUCUGCUUCCAGCUUGUUAAAUCAUUUGGAUUAAAGUAGUGAUGAGCUGGUUUCUCAGUGCGCUUUAAGUACAAGGCGCACAGUUUACUCAGUUUCCUUUAAAGCAGCAAGAAAUAAGAAUAAUCAUUGUUUUUGUUUGGUGCUAAAAAUAUUCAAAGAAUUGAGCGUACCGUAGUGUUAGCAGGCCUAAACCUAAUUCUAACCUGAGUCAAAUGCCUAGGCAUCCAUCCAGCUAGAUCAUUGAUGUAAGUCUACACUUCACUGUGGACGUAUCUCUGAGCCAGUGGUCAGGGGUGUAUCCAGACUGUUCGAGGAUUAGGGUUAAAGACAGGUUGAAAGGGCACUGACUGUGAGCUGUUUUAGAUUUAUUUAUUUCAAGACACAAAAAUUGCACAAUAACAGUCUAGAAGAACAUCCACAGGACACUGAAGUUACAUUUGACUCUUAACAAGUACCUAAUACACUUAAAAAAGUAUAUUGGAAUACAAGUUUUUAUUCAGAUUAACAUUAAUAAAAUGAUUUUAUCCCUUUUUGUUCAAAGAAUAUGAAUAGACUUUGCCGGCAUGUUUCGUGAUAUCCUCUGUUUUUAGCCUCAGAAAGGAGAUUUAAAUCACAGCUCUAUAUCUAUCUUUAUCAAGGACCAUGUCCUCGAUCAAUACUCUGACAGCUAUAAUUCAUCAGUGAAACACUUGUAUGGGGACGUCUCCUGUGGCUGUUAUUAGAAAGCUGUGGCUCUAUCAUGAAUGUCCCAAGUGUGAAUAUUAAACUUGCAGAGGUAGAUCAUGCACAGUCAGCAUGCCUCCGCUUUAUAACCCCAGAAACUCUUUAUUCUCGUUGUGUUCCUCAGAGCCUUGUCGAUUUUUUUUGAACAUGAAAAAAAUGAAGACUAGGCAUAAAUCAAUCAGAACAUGUGCACACUCAUGUAGUUUUGAUUAAUCUACCAAUUAUUCUGUAUUCAGGCUAGAAACUGGGAAAAAUAGAUGCUGAGACCACCAUUUGUUUGUUUAAGAUCACUGGGGUUAUGGUGGACUGUGGCAUUAAUAACAACACAAGCACUCUGUGUCUGUUUAUAGAUUUUAGCUGGAAGUUGAAUGGAAUCAGUUUUUUUUUCCAAUAUGGCAACAAACACUGUUGAGCUUCACCCCCAUGACUGUUUAUAUUGUCAAUAAGAUCUACAAACUCCCCAUGGGGGUCUUUUCAAAAUAAAACCCCAACACCUCUACAGCAGGAACAGUGUGUAAAAUGUUGCUAAAACAGAUUAUGAUGGUUUGCAAACAACAAGAACAAAAAAAUAAUAAAUGGCAAUAAGGCAAAAGAGCACAUCAGGUGUGUAUACCAAAAGACAAGCAAAGUUUCUAAAAAGUUGUUGGAGGAGCAACCAAACAGGUAAAAAGUUGGACCAAAACCAAGAUGGUUUUGGAUCUAUCUGUGGUUGUCACUAAAGUUGGUAUAACUAGAGAAGCAAGCAGUCUGCAACAUUCAUCUCUCGAUGGGGUGUCUAACUCGAUGUUAUGGUGUGUUUGACCCUAACUUAGUUUUAUGCCGGAAUAUCCCUUUAAAAACAGACAAGACUCUGGAGUGGAAAUCACUGCAUGGACUCAGAAUCAACUCAGUUCAUCACUGCAUCCAUUAAUGAGGUUAGAACUGAACCAUGAAAGAAUAUAGAAUAGAAUAGAAUAUUCCUUUAUUGAUCCCCCAUGGGGGAAAUUUUUUUGCCACAGCAGCAUCACAGACAAGAGUAAACCAGAUAGAAACUGGAUCCAGUCCUGUGGUUUGACAAAUUAAGAUUUGACAUUCUUUGUCACACUGGAUGCCACAUUUUCCACAUAACGCUAAACAUUACAUACAGGUUUUGGAACAAUAUAUUGUAUCAUCAAACCAAUCAGAGUAUUUACAAAAAACCUGCCACACUGUAGUUUGUAUUUAGAUAAUGUAUUUUACAGUAAACCCACAGCUCUAAAUGAAAGCACAAAGCAUGUGAUCCUCUUUUGUUAUCAAACUAGUCAGUGUGGCCUUUGGUCCCGCUGCCUGGUUUUUAAUAACCCUUCUGUAUCUCAGAUUGCAGGUUACCAUAGAAACAAUGCUGAUGCUUAUUGUUGCAUUGACCCGAUGGUGAAGCUGAAACAGGUGUGGGUCAAACAGACUACAAUACACUGCAUGGAGCUUUAAACACAGCUUUUGUCUCAUCAGUGCUAAGUGGUCAUUACACAAGCUGCACAACAUCAUGUCGAGUUAGAAAGGAGGAAAAUCAGUUUGAAAGACAAAAUCAACCUUGAACUGUGAGUUGAAGUCAAGGUGAUUGACAUCAGAACAGAGAGGAGCGUCAGCUUCAUUAUCAGUGGAUCAAAUCCACACAAAUCAACUCAAAAAUACAAGAAUACAUUCAUCAAAAUCUAAGAAGAAUAAAAGGGAGGAAGCUGUACUAUUAUUUAUAACAACAUUAAGUUACAUAGUCAGAGACAAAUUAAGAUAUGCUGUUCAGCAACAUCACAGUAAAUCUAUAAUACAUUCAACUUUAAAGUUCUCAGAGUGAUGGGAGUGUGAAGCUAGAAUCUGAAUAUUUCCCCAUUUAAAUGUCUCAAUUUAUGUAUUUUUAUUGCCAAUCAUAGUAAAUAAAAUAACAGAUAUAACCUAAAUGUCAUGACUUACUUAAAAAAUACAAUAUCAGUCCUGUUUUUUCUGCCUCUUUUGGACGUAAAUAUGAUGGAGAAUAAAUGUCGAAUCAUUUCAUCUUUCUGUUCUGCAACAUCAAGCAGUUUCCAACAGUUGAAACUAAUAUAUUUUUCAUCAGUGACGGGACAUUAUAUGGUGGGCUGUUUCAGUCAGGCAAAUUUAUGUAAAUUACAGACGUUGCUCAUCAGACACUGACGUCAGGAGUUCAAUCACCAUUUACCCUGUGAAUAGUCACUCUUCGUUAUGAUUCCAGACCACCGUGGCGCUCUCUCCCGCCCUGACAGCUUUAGGCUCAAGACUCCUACCAGCGAGCUGUAGGGGGUGGAGGUCUUUGUGAUUAAAGGAGCCUAAGGACUGAACAGGAUGUUUUUAAUUAGUUUUAUGUAUCUAUGUGAAGGGUGGAAAAACUACACACUAUAGUGAAAUGAAUACCAGGUUUUUUUCUGCUGCAUCAGUAUUUUAGCACAGCCCUGAAGCUGAGAAACUCUGAGGGACUUUUUCUCGCUGCUAAGUGUGGAGGACAGUCUUUAAUGGGUUUAGGAGCCAUUAUAGAUAUUAAACUAUGGAAUCAAACCAGCAUCCUCUGCUCUUUCAUUGUAACCUCAGGUCUGCUGACGACAGGGGAAAAUGAAUUCAGAAGCUGAAACACUCUGUUAUUAUCACAUGAAUAGAAUAUACUGGCUCAGGCCGAUAUAUCGCCCUGUAAAAUAAAAGGCUCUAAAUCCUUUAGAGAGCCUCAUUUCCUGAAUAGAUUUUACUAUUCAUUUGCUGAGCGGUUUUGUUAACUGCAUCAAUAGAGGUAAUUAUGUAUGGCCAUAUGGGAAUCAGAGAAACAAAACUGUUGAGUGUUCUGCUAUUUUCAUUUUCAUUGUGUGCCAUGCAAAAAUGUAGCUCCUCUGAGGCUUUUUGAAGACAGGGAAAGAGUCAAACUUGAUUUAGAUAGACUCAUUUGUUGAUGUGGUGUAAAUUUGAAUUUACGGCUUAAAAAACCGACAGAAGAAAUAAAUGAAAGGAACUGAUGACUAAAAACAAACUGAGGCAAUCGUUAGUCAUCUCGGUGAGCAGUGUGCCGCUUAACUGCAUCUCUCCAGUAAACAACAUAAUCACAUCAGCGGCAGUCGCUGCCAGUACCACUUAUAAAUGUAUUUAUCAUUUCAAGACACACACGCACACAAACAGCAGCUCCAAAAUAGAUGCUCUUUCUCAGCCUUAAACAUUUGUGAAAUGCAGAAAAAACACUCAUGAUGGGUGUGAAUUGAUCAAACUUUAACCCUUUGAGUGCCGCUGCCUGGCUGGGUUUGACAUCUGGAUGAGUCUUCAAUAAUUCAACAAACUUAAGAUAAUUUUAAGAAGUACAGUUUUGCAAAUAUCCCAGCCCCAUUAGAACAUGGGUGCUUAGCCUUAAAAGUUAAAAAGGUGUAAAUCUUUACUGUCUGGAUGUGACUCCUCAUCUGUACCUGUAACAAUGUGACAAUGUGACAAUCGGCACAUUUACAUAUUAUAAAAAAAAAUCUAGCUCGUUCCAUUAUUUAAAUCGAAACUGGAUUUUAAAAAUACAUGAUAACUCUAAAGUCUGACUCAAAUUGCACAAUGUAAAGUGUAUGUGCAGUCAGACUAAAACUGGCUGAAGCGUUCUCCACAGUUUGCAUGCUGAUCGUUUCAAUGUGCUGAAAGAAGUCGUUAGCCUCUUAAAAACACGUUUGUCGAUUGUUUUUGUACAUGAUGUAAUAAGACCAAGUAAGAGCUAUUGGGGAGCAUAUUGCCGAGGUGGACACAAUUUUGUAAAUAGUUGAUUCUUUCCUGGUGCUUGUAAAGGACGAGAAAAAUAGUCCAGUUAAAUUUCUUUAACAGGAUUAUCAUGUGAAAUGUGAAAAAAAUAAAAAAAAUAAAAAGUACCGGGCCCAGAAUGCUUCCCUGUGGAACGCCAUUGUCAGUACUACAGACAUAGGUCAUAAAGCAUCAUCUUACUAAUAACUAACUAAAUAGCCAUGCAUCGACUUAAAUCAGCUUAUCAAAUUAAAUCACCAUCUCAUUAUUUAAACUUAUUUAACAAAGACUUAGCUAACCAAACAACCAGCUAACUCAGUGGUCCCCUUUUUUGUACCAUGGACCAGUUUCAUGCAGGAAACUUUUUCCAAGGACUGUGUAGGGGUGUGGAGGUUCCAAUAACAAAAACCUUAAUCAUAGUAUAUAAUCGGGAUACAACUAUUACAUUUUAUAUUAGGCACUUUUCAUUACACUUUAACAUCAACUCACCAUAAUGCAGAAUUAAUUCUUUCUCUCGAACUUUGUUUCUGGCUCAUUUUUGUAAGGGCUAGCUUGUGUUGCUGAUGCAGAAAGAAAUGACGUGCCGAAGAGUCAAGCGUGAUAGUGAGGCGAUGGCGCAAGUGGUGGUCUUUCAAAAUAAGAUACUGCGAGGACGGAUGAAAAGAAAAUAAAUUAUUUAAUCAUCAUUAUUUUUUUGCGGCCCUGUACUAAUUGAUCCACGGAUCGUAGCAGUCCGGGGCUUGGUGGGUGGGGACCUCUAAGCUAACUGACAUUAGUGACACAGCUAUCUAAACUAACGCAUCUAAUAAAACAAAACCAAACUGAGUUAACUUACUUUAUUGAAGUCAGCAUCGACAGUUUAGUUACUGAACUGUAUUAGAGAAUCUGCUUUUACAAUCAAAGAACUGAUCAACCAAGUUACCAACCAAAUGAGUAACCAACUAACCUCACAAUUUGCCACAGUCAUGACUAAGUAACCCACAAACAACAAGCUUACUAACCAUCCAACAAACAAACAAAUAAACGAACUAACCAAUGAGCCAUCCAAAUAACAACUAGCUUAAUAAUACCAGUCACUGAACUUAAUUAACUAGAUUAAUCAGUACUUAAAAGUGCAAUCUCAGCAACAGCUUUUUCAUUAGUAUUUUAGCCAAUCAGUCUCUUUAGUUUCAUACACAGAAUAUGAUCUGUAACAUAACCAAAGCAUGUCUAAAUAUUACCAGAGUUUAAUUCUUCAUGAACUAAUAACACUGAAUACAAAAUCUGGAGAUAUCUGAUCUAAAUAUCCUCCAUUAGUUAUUGUUAGGCCUGUCACGAUAACAAAUUUUGCUGGACGAUAAUUGUGCUACAAAUUAUUGCCGAUAAACGAUAUUAUUGACACCGUUUUUUAAAUUAUAGAUAAUGAUAUUAAAUGGCAUAAUAAUGCGAGUACACCCUGUCAAAAGUGAUAAACUUUAAUUUCACCCACGAAGAAGACGUAACGUUGACGAGCUAAACAUAAGUCGGAGAUGACUAAAAUGUGACGAGACGAAAGUGCGUUUACGUUGAUGGGACGAGACGAAAAUGACGAACAGAGUUGCAAAACUCAGUCAGUUAAACGCUAAACAUAUAGGAGCAGCUUCAGUCCGCUCUGACAGCUCUCAUCAGCCUGCUGUGCUCCUCCAACACACAGACACACACGCGCGCGCGCGCGCACACACACGUGGAGUUUUGUGGUUGGCGAAAACAAAACUGGUUUAAAGCCGAAAUAUUCCCACACUUGGGCUGUUGCGUUCGGUUUAGACACCUUAGCUGUCGUGUUCAUUCUGUUUGCUUGCUUUUCACUCACGACGCUCACUUGCAGCACUGUAUCCAAAAGUCUGUGUCUGUGUGCCUGUGCGCGCCUACGUGUACCUGUGCGCGCGCCCCCCCGUGACAAAGAUACUGAAUGACUGACAGGAGGGUUCACUAACUCCGUUCAUUCCGCUAUAGAGCCAACGCCCCCAGGUGCCGAGAACAAUGCGCAGAGUGAGACCUCUUCUCUCAUCCAGCGUGUUUGGUAGCGAGAGAGGAGGAAAACAAACGCACGUCAAUUAUCGAGGCUGGCACAAUGACCGACCUCGUUUUUAUUUACCGAGCGAUAAGGCGAUUUAUUGAUUAUCGCGACAGGCCUAGUUAUUGUACAGAAAAUUAAUCUAUAACUAAUAACAUUAAUGAAGCAUGAGCACAUAUUUCACCUGAAUGUGAAAGAUUAGGUGGAGUACUAGUAAAGCUCGAAAAUGUGCCUCUUGAAAGAGAUCAUGUCGAUUUAAAAUCAGUAAGAAUUUCAUUGUUUAAAUAAAUAUCUCAACGUUAAAUUUGAUUAAAAAUAACUCCUCAUGUGGACCGUGCAGCCUUGAUUCAGUCGCCUCUUUAAAAACAUGCCUUUCCUCUCAUUCCUCACAUCAGCACUAAAACUGUGUUUGACAUCUGGCUCACUGAGGAUUAACUAAACCAACAAGACGAUUAUUUCCCCCAAAGCGGCUUUUCCUCGUGCAGAUUUUCAGAUGAUUUAAAGUCUUCUGCAGUCUUUACAACUGGAGCAAAAAUGAACAAAUUGGUCGUAAAUCAUAAAAUUCAAAGUUUUUGCAUGAAAAGAUCUGAGAGGUUAAACUUUGGUCUGUCAACUGUAACAAAUCUCCCUAUAGAGAGGGGAGAUUAGAUGAUUAUUUACCCCAAUUUUAAGUUCUGUUGCAUUGUUUUGGUAAAUGUUUUUUGUUAAAGUUACACUUUUUGAAAAGAGCACGGUGCAUUUUCAGCCUAGCAUCUUUCUCAUGUGAAUUAGUGAUUCAGUUAAUGUGUAACAGAUGAGGCAAUUUGACAAAUGACACUAAACACUUGGUCAUUAAUAUCAAAUUAUCUGUUGAUGUGUUUAACAGCUUGCUUCCUCUCAGUCUCCCUCCUUCUUUCAGGAUCACAACAGUGUCAGAAUAAUUAAAACCGGUUGUAAACUGCUGUUUAUCACUCUGUGUCUGUCUGCAGCUGCUGCCGUACCUGCAGGCCAACCUGACGGGCUUCAUGGAUCUGGAGAUCCUGAACUUCAGGAAGGGCAGCGUGGUCGUCAACAGCAGGAUGAAGUUUGCUAAGACAGUGCCGUAUAACGUCACCGAGGCCGUCCACUGCGUCCUGGAGGAGUUCUGCGCUGCUGCCAGAAACUUGCAGAUCCAGAUUGACAAGCAGUCUCUGGAUAUCGAACCAGGUACUCGCCAUGAUCCCGCAGCUUUCUUCCUCUAAGAAUCACAAAGUUGUCAGUAUUCUCCCGCUGCAUCAGAUCAUUUAGGACAAGAUGAAACUAUUUUAAAGUGCGCUCUUCCAGAUAAACUAAGCUAACAGUAUUUCAUACUAAACUAAUAUAGACCCUUUCUAAAAAAAUUGAAUAUCAUGAAAAAGUUUAUUUCCAUAAUUUCAUUCAAAAAGUUAAACUUUCAUAGAUUAUAGAUUUAGGGCCAACAAUUUAAAUGAUUUCAAGUAUUUAUUUGUUAAUUUUUACAUAAUUUGGGAUUCCAGCUCAUAAAACCCACAAAAACAGAAAUAAAAAAAGAAAUCAACCAAAAUAUGUUACUUUCAAAACAAUAUGUCAAUCUUCAAUACUUGGUUGGGACUCCGCCAUGGCAUUAAGGCAAUCAGCCUGUGGCAUUGCCUGGGAGUUAUGGAAGCCCAGAUUUCUUUGAUGCUUGCUGUCUGCUCUUCUGUGUUUUUGGGUUUGGUGUCCUUCAUUUUCCUCUUGAUAAAACCCCUUAGAUUCUCAAUGGGGUUUAGGUCCGCCGAGUUGGCUGGCCAGUUAAGCACUGUGAUGUCAAACCAGGUUUUGGUGCUUCUGGCGGUAUGGGCAGGGACCAGGUCCUGCUGGAAGAUUAAAUCUGCAUCUUCAUACAGAUUCUCAGCAAAAGGAACCAUGAAGUCCUCUAAAACAUUCUGGUAGACUGUUGCAGUGACCUUGGAUUUAAGAAAGCAGGGUUACCAACUCCUGCACCCCAAAUCAUGACUGACUGUAGAUAUUUCACACUGGACCUCAAGCAGCUUGGGUUCUGUUCCUCACCCAUCUUCCUCCAAACCCUUGGGCCUUGAUUCCCCAAUGAAAGGCACUUUACUUGCAUCGGAGAAGAGGACCUUGGACUGCUGGCCAACAGUCCAGUCCUUCUCCUUCUUGGCCCGGUUGAGACGCCUCCUAUGUUGGCUCAGGCUCAGAAGUGGUUCCACCCAAGAAACCCGACAGUUGUAGCCCAUCUUCCAGAUGCGUCUGAAUGUGGUGGUUUUUUGAAGCUGUGACUCCCGCCUCAUUCCACUCUUUCUGGAUCUCUGCCAGAUUCUUGAAUCUUCUCUGGGUUUUAUGAGCUGGAAGCCUAAAUUAUGUAAAAAUAAACAAAUAAAUAGUUGAAAUCAUUUAAAUUGUGGGCCCUGAAUCUAUAAUCUAUGAAACUUUAACUUUUUGAAUGAAAUUAUGGAAAUAAAUGAACUUUUCAAUGUUAUUCUAAUUUUUUGGAAAGGGUCUCGAUAUGAUGUUGUGAUCACGAAAAAUGCACGUAUUCAUGCCAGAACCUGAAAUAAGGACCGAUUAUAGGGGGAACUGGUUUCAUAGAGAAUCCACCAACAGAGCCAAUGAAGAAAACUGAUGGAAAUAAUGUGAUCCCAUUCUUAGAUCACUUUUCAACAGCGUCUCUUCCUGUUUUUCAGAGGAUAUCUCUCUGUGAUUUUAUAGUAGUGAGAAUAGACUUUGGUAUGAACAUCUAAGCUGUGAGUUUUAUCUCCUAUGAUUCCUACUUCCUGCUGUGAUAUUAUAUGAAAUCCGCAGUAUGAACAAACCUUUGAAUGCCUUUAGAUGAUGCUCCAUGUUCCAGCAGCAGCCGAGUGAUAUAUCGUCUGAUAUCUUUUUAUGUGCAUGAUAAAACACAAACUAGCGUCUUGGUAAUAAGUCCCAUUGUUGAAUCAGCUCUGCCGCUUUGUAUGCAUCCCAUCCUUCACAGACUGUGUAUUGUAAUAUUCUCUGCAGAUGAGAUGCAGGCAGAGGGAGCAGAGAUCACAAACACGUUCAAAUAGACUCAGUAAUUAGGUCUAUAUGUCAAAUCCAGUGAUACACAGUGGGAUUGUAUUGAGCGCUGUAGGGCCUGAAUAAUAGUGAUGAAGAUGAGAAGAGAAGUGCUGCUGGAACAGCUUUCGCCUCGCAGGCGGCUGAUUGAGGAUCAAGUUUGGUGUCAUAAAGUCAGCCCACUGUGAUUUAAAACACUCGAUACUGUAAAACCUCAUCCAGCUGUAUUAUUUAUACAUCAUGUUUCAUUUAAGACUGGCAUGACCUCCUGUCAGCUGCUCAGAUACAAGUCUACAUUAUUUACAGAGAUAUUAAAGCCUAUCCUACAUUUGGAAUAAGGCCUGGUAUAUACCACCUAUUUCUAAUGUUUUUAAUAUGGGUUCAUUUAAAUGUGGAAUUAGUUUAUUUUAGUUAUUUAUAUAGUUUAGCUGCAUGUUUAGAUUCAGGUGGGGUACUCUUAAGCAAUAAGACGCUCUGUUUAACUAAACUAAAGUGCAUGGUGCAACUUUAUAAGGGCAUGUGCAACCACAUUUUGCUAGUUCAGCCAUUCUACAUCUUACCCCCGAGCGCUCUCCUACCACUUUACCCUUAAACAUGCAGGAAACACAGGCAUUAGUUAUAUCGGUGCAUGCAUUGAUGUUAAAUCCACAGCUCUGCACAAUCAGUAACUUUCCAAAUGGAUAGACAUGACACUGCUGUAGGGCUGUGCAGGAUGGAGGUUAUGCAGAGAUAGUGGGGAGCAGUAUGAUGGUGUAUGAGAGCAAAGAAAAAUACUCAUAUCUCCAAGCUCUCUGACCCCAUAAAUACUCAAUUUCACCAUCUCAGCAAAAACACGGCUGUUAUAAUGAGUGGUGGCACAGCUGUGUGUCUCCAUUUGUGCCUAAAGGGCAAAGAAAAGCAUAUGAUGGACUUUUAAUCUCUCACUAGUGUGCCAGCUGAAUACCAGGAAAGCACUGCUUCCUCUCUCUUGAAGACCAACAUGCCUGAGGUGCUAAUGUGUUUGAUAAUUAACAGGGAAUUCUCACAACAUGGGCAACAGGUGUAUGAAUGAGUGUUGGCUCCCUACCAUAGACUGUAAAUAGACUUCUUAGCUCCAGCCAAUCAGCAAACAUCAAAAUAGACUUUCUAUUUUAACUGUUUUAUCCUGCCGGCUCCCCCAGGCUCUUUGCUGAUGUUCUCCCUGCUCCCACCUCAGCUCCUCUUUUCUUUGCUGUGUCUGAUUUGACAAGAGUCACAUGCAUUCUCGUUGAUGCAUGCCCUGCCCUGCACCUUGUUUUUGCUGCUGCUCUCCCAGCCUUGUGUUUCCAUGUGUGCACAUGUAAGAGAAUGGAGGUGUGCUCUCCUCUGCCUCUGACUUUGGCGCUCUACUAAUGCAUUUUAAAGGGCGGGGAGCACUUUGAACAGAGCUUAACUGAUUAAUAUGACUGUUUUCUGUAAAUAAUUCAGUCUUUUGGUUCUUUUGGACCUCAAGUAGCUUGAUAAAGAUUCUUGACCGAGGUCUUGCUGUAAAAUUAAAGCGUCCUGGGCUCUUGAAGUCCAACUGCAUCAAAUAUUGACACUGAAAGAAGAUGUUUGACCUGCAGACAGCUGUACAACUUCACUGACAGAAACCACAAACACUUCUCUCUAAACUGCGGAUUUCUCUCUCUUCACCUGCUGACAUACUGUAGAGAGGUAUAUCUGUGCAAAGAUGUGAUCAUCUGUUUAUCCUGGCUGAUCCGUCAGUCUGGCUCUUGUUAAUGUCUCCCUCUGUGCAUCCAAAUAGAGCGAGCACAAACACACCUUCACACACUCACACACACGUAUGUUUGACUAACAGUUACACAGACAGAUUCUGACCACACGUCAGACUUCACACAGAGAACAUUUCAUCCAUGAACCCCCUGAACAUGUUAAUUUCCCCGGAGUGAAGCUGACGUUUAGUCUCGGAAGCCGUCCACGCCAGAGGCUAAAUCUUACAUUUCAAUGCAGACCAGGAGCUGAGGAUCUCAUUAAAAUCAAACACUCCUCAGCACCUCCCGGCGAGAGGAGGCAGGAUAAAGGGAGGCGCAGCCACACUCUUCAUGAAUACUAAUGUCGACUCCUCUUCUUGCCCUCACAGCCGAUCAGGCCGAUCCCUGCAAGUUCCUGGGCUGUGGCGAGUUUUCUCGCUGCGUGGUGAACAGACGGACGAAGGAGGCGCAGUGUAUGUGUCAGCCGGGCUUCAUGUCAGUGGACGGUCUGCCCUGUCAGAGCGUGUGUGUCCUCCAGCCAAACUACUGCCGAGGAGGGGAGUGUCACAUAGUCCCCGGACAUGGAGCGGUGUGCAGGUAAAUAACCUUGUACAGGGACUAUCAGCAGGGUGACCCAACAUCCCCCCACCUUAGGUGCUGAAAAAGUGGAGAAAAAGAUCAUUCUUUGAGCUGAUAUGAUACCAACAAGUAGAGAUGAGUUUUGGUCCUGGAGGUAUGUGAGAGUUUGCUUUUAAACAGUCUAACCUGAACUCAACAAUAAGCGGUGAAAUUCAAUAAAAUGUUGAUAAAGCAGAAUUUGAGGGUUUGCAAAACAUUCAAAGUUUAUGCUUCAUUCAAGAUAGUGCAAAAACAAUGUUUUAGAUGGUGAAGCUGAAAUAUUUCACUGUUGUAGGAAAAAUCUUCAACUUCUCUGUCAGGGAAAUCACCACAUGGACUUUAAAAACUAUUGUCUUCAUUACUCUACCAGCAAGUGAGGUUAAAACUGAACCAUGCAAAGAGGAGACCAGAUAGAAACAUGAUUCAGAAACUUCUCUGGACCUGAAGUGAAGAGGAAAAAUGGUCUUUAAGUCUGAUUAAAUGAAAUCUGACAAACUUUUUGGAAAUCAUGAACUCUGCAUCCUCCUCGCUAAAGAGUAGAGGGUCCACCCGGCUUGUUCUCAGUUCUCAGUCUAAAGCCAGCAUCCCUGAUGGAAUGGGGAUCAUCAAAGUCCAUGUCAUGGGUAGCUUACACAUCUGUGAAGGCUCCAUAAAUGCUGAAUAAUAUCUACAGGUUUAGGGGCAACAUCUGCUGCCAUCCAGACAAUGACUUUUUCAGAGAAGACCUUCAUAUUUCAGAAACAUGUCUCCUGGGUUCACUGACGUUUAAAGGGACCUCUUUAAGGAGUGGGAAGUAGGAAUAGGUAGGAAUCACUUUUAAAAUGAGUUUUAAUCAUUUUAAAUUUACAACAUUUUCCUUUUUUCAUGUGAAAUGUUUUCUGAUCCACGAACCAUCAAAUUCUGUUUCAACCAAUGUUUGAAACUGUGUCACAACUUCUCUGGACUGGGAUUAUUUAUUAUAUUAACUGAAGGUAGUGUCUCACUGAAGAUGUUUCCAGGAGGCAACCCCCCCCUAUCUCCUUCCCACUCCCACUGUAGCAUCCACAGGUACAACUUCACUCUGUUGAAAACACCAAAGCAUGAAAUGUGCGGGCGAUUAGUCAUGGUGGUGGGUCUGCAGAGAAUCAUUACAAGGAACCUGCUUUAUAUGCAAAAUCUUCGUCUUUAUGAUGAUCAAAUUAAUCAGAUUGAAGACUCAAGUGAUGCUUUGGACUUACUGAACCAGGGGACUUGAAAAAUUGAUGAACACCUCCUGCGCUUGUAGGAACCUAAAGCUAGCACACCGAGCUGAAGUUUAGAGGAUCACUUUAAAUAUCAGAUGUCCACGGUCUCUGUUUAAAACACAGGACCAUUUGUCAAAAGCUCAUAUUGCUGAAAAGCUCGAUUAUUACCGCGCUGUCUGUCCUCUGGAGAUUCUAUUAAAUUAUGAAACUUUAACUGAAUUAAAAGUUAUUGCAGGGGCUGUUUAAUAAUCCACCUCGUGGGGAGUUGAGUCAUCUCUAAAGCUCAAACCGAGACUGUCGAGCUGAGACGGUGAUCUGAUGAUUCUUUUCUCCGCCGAAAAUUACAGGCUGCAGUCCAGACUCUCUCCUGAUGUGAGGUGACAUAACAGAAGUUCAGCUGUAUUUUAAAGUUAUAUAAGUGAGAUUAAUCGCUUGAUUUAAACUUCCUGGAGUAAGAACAAUUUAUUCUAUAUUAUGCAAAGAUAAAUCCCAUCAGUUUAGGAACAAAGAGUACAAUUGAAACUAACAGAGUGUCUCAGAUAUCAUUUUUUAUGAAUUUAGGAUUUACAAAUUACAGAUUGCUGAACAAAACCUUCAGGCAAAAAAACAAGAAUGAAAAAAAGGCUUUAGAAAAGGUCUCUAAAAUUCAAGCUAAAGGUAAAUUUGCUAAACCAAGACUUGUCGUUUCCUUCAUUAUUUGCUGCAUCUCAACAUCCAAUCCAAAAUGCAGAAAGCUGUAGUUAUGUCAAUCAAUCAAUCAAUCAAUCAAAUUUAAUUUAUAUAGCGCCAAUUCACAACAGUCAUUAUCCCAAGACGCUUUCCAAAAAAAAGCAGGUCUAGACAGCACCUAUUGUUUGAAGAAUUACCAAGACCUAACCCAAGAUGGAACAGAUUUGACCCAUGAGUGACAAUGGUGAGGAAAAACCUCCUUUUAACAGGCAGAAACCUUGGGGAGGACCCGACUCAUGUUAGACAGCCACUAAGCUGCUGCUGGGUUGGGGAGAAAUAUAUAGAGAGAGGGAGAGAGAGAGGAGUAGGAGAGAGGGCAGGGGGAGAGAAAGAGAAUAAGGGAUUGGGAAGGAGAGAGAGAGACAUUAAAACAAGAGCAACAACAGCAUCUCAUACAGAGUUGUGGUUGCAGAGCAAGUAAUGAUAUUUCAAAGAAAAGCAAACACCCAUGAAGUUUUGUGUCUUUGUGCAGUUUGUUCUUGUACCUGAUUGCGCUGAGCUGUCAGCAUCUUUUCUGGACUACAGAAAACGAGACCGACCGUGGAUUUUUCUUUUUAAAAGUUUCUGUUUUAGUUUGGCAAAAUAAUUCGCUAUCACAAGAAAAUUAUCCUUGUUAUAUCAAGAUAAUGAGAUAAUAAGUUGUUAUUACUAGAUAACAGUGCAUAAAAAAAAAGAAAAAUCACUGGCUGUGCUCGUCUUCUGCACUGCACAGAGCUGGACUGUGCACUCUAAUCCUGACAGAGCUUAAAUAAAUGAUGAGCUGAACCGAGAGACACUUUCCUCCAGUUUAUUGGACAGAAGAUUAAUAAUAGAACUGAUGCAAAUAAUGAUAUUUAUAGUGAAGUUUUGGUAACACUUUAUUUGAUGCCUAUCUCUAUAAUGCAUUCUAAAGAUAUUUACAAGCAUUAUAAUCACAUUAUAACACAGUACAGCUGUAGAUAUAAACACUCAUAAAUGAUCAUAAUGCUUUAUUGCAAUAAUCAUAACACAUUAUAAAGCAUUUUAUCAUGACUUACAAGGUCGGGUAUUAUAAUGUGUUAUAAUUGUUAACAGUUGCAUUGCAUUAUCUAUGUGGGCAUUGUCAGUGAGUUGUUAACAGUUAAAAGACAUUAUAAUACCUGACCUUGUAAGUCAUGAUAAAGUGCUUUAUAAUGUGUUAUGAUUAUUGCUGUAAACCAUUAUGAUCAUUUAUGAGUGUCUAUAACUAUAAUUAUACAGUGCUAUAACAGGAUUAUAAUGCAUUUUACAUAUAUUCAUAAUGUGUUAUAGAGAUAGGCAUCAAGUAAAGUGUUACCGAAGUUUCCUUAAUAGACUAAGCUAGUAGAGCACGUUGGUCAACAGAAACAUCCGUCUUUAAAAGGCUUAGGGCAGAUUUAGAGUUCCCGCUCUAACUUGCAGAAUAAACCGUUGCAGUCUGAAUUGCUGUCGAACAUGUUGUUUGUGCCGCUCUUGAAUCUCCACAUGUAUGUAACCUCUUUGUUCUCUCCUCCGUCUCUCUCUCUCUCUCUCUCUCUGUUUACUCUCUUGCUCUGCCGCUCCACACAAACAGAAUAAUCUCCCUCACAUCUCAGGCUCUCUGGCUGUAAAUCAAUGCUAAGUUGAUUCUGAACAGCUCCAGAGUGUUUCUCUUAUUAACCGCUGGCUCGGAGACGCUGCCUUUCUGCUGCCAGAGAAACCUCAUUUCAGCCCUGUUAGACUUCAGCAGCCCGGCUCCUGACACACACAUCACCUCAGAGCUAUUUUCUGUUGAAACAUUAAUUCCCCCUCAUCUGAACCUCAGCAGGAUUAUCUUAAGGUUACACUCUCAUUAUUUUUAUUAUUAUAAAAAAAAGCCUGUUGAAAGACAGGAGGAAUUUCAUUUCCUGGAUUUCCAUUUUUCCCUCUGGUCAGUCAGAAGAUGCCCGAGAGGAGAAACUGCGGAGUGGUCGGAUCAUUGUGUGUGAAAAUGAAAACCUGUUUCUGCCUCCGACAAACAUUUAAACAUAAAGUCCGUUCUGGUCGAGCUGCAAACUGACCAUUUUGAAAUAUGUCUGUCUUGGUUUGUUUAGAUUAUUUUCAGGUGAAGAACUCCCAGCAUUCAUUUUCGCGGCCCUUAUUCUCCUCUGCUUAUCCCAGUUUGAAACCUCAGGCUGAGACUUGAUUCACUUUCAGAAGCAUGUACGCCUCCACUAAGCUGGGUUACGAUAUGUAUUAAGAUAUAUUAACAAUCAGCUAAGAACACCAAGAACUUAGCAGCUCUGAACUUUACGUGUAUUUCUUUAACUGCGGGGCUUCCUUCGGUGUGUUUAUGACGUUCAGCUUCAGGGUCAAAGCCUUGUGUGAAGUAGGGAGCAUGCUCAGAGCGCUCCGGUCAGUUUGGGUCUGAGAAGAAACCAGGAAAAGAAAGUUUAAUCCUUCUUUGGUUUAUGUUAAAGUGGCUUCGUGUCAGAGAUCUUGUUCUGUUUUAUUUAAAAAAGAGGAAAUCCAGUCAUCGAGCAGACUGUCUAAACUCUUCAUGAGGAUGUGUGUGGAGCUGGAUUCAGUCUCUAACUCGACCCUCUGCACUUUAUUUGAUCAGUUCUGCUUGUACAAACAGCAGAAAAGCUAAAGUUGGUUUCCUCUGUGUGAGUUAAGGUACCAGCAGCUUUUCUGUCUGGUCCCGGGGAUUGUAGGGUUCUCCGUGGAUGCAAUCAUCUUGGAUUUGCCAGCUGUCAUUGACUCUGCACCCUUUUAGGUCCAAUCCAGCAUCCAGAGCGGCUGAGACAGGACAGAGAAGUAGAAAGCAGCAGGUAAAGUUGAGCUGAAGCCCAGAGGAGGAUAAUACGAGGAGCUGCACGUUCACUUUAAUCUUCCCCGGCUGCUUGACGGCACAAAGUGCCACUAGAGGAGACAACCUAAUCAUUGUGGAGAGAAAUAAAGGCUGCUUAAUCAAAGAAAACACACUCAGAGAGCGCGCCUUCAGGUGCAGCCUUGCACCUUGCUCUCCAUGUGCCCCUGGUACUCCAGGUCACGUUUGUUGUCCUACAGCCACACACACACACACACCGGCUUACCUGCCAAGCUUUGUUAAGGUUGGAUCCUGGCCUGAGUGUUUGUGUGACCAACAGAUUUCCAAGUUAGCCUGGAGUGUGUAUGUGUGUGUGUGUGUGUGCGCGCGUGCGCUCACAAGUGUGUGUUCACGUGUUUGGAAGUGUUAAGCUUGUAGAAUCGCAGCUCUGGAUUCACAGAAUGUUUUCCGCACAAUUUGUUGGCUGACUUUCUGUUUUUCUGUGACAAAUAGGCGAAAAAAGGUAAUCCUGGUUCUAUUUGCACCGAUCUCUGACAAAGAUUUAUCCUCUGGGAACAACAGCCGACGCUGCAGGGCUCGUGCCGUCCUGGAGAAGCGAGUUAGAAGUAAAGGAUUUCCGGUUAAGACUCCCUGUACUCUGCAUUGCUAUAUUCCCAACUCACUUACUGUUACUGUAUUUUUAUGCAGUUGAUAAAUAGAGAUUUUAUUUGCACCAAACUUUAGUACUGACUCCAGGUUCCAGUUUUUGGUUGCAAUGCUUUCACUUAAAUGCUGCGUGAAACACUUUACUAUGAAACUCAAGAGGUGUCUCUGUGCGUAUCCUUAUUUUUGAGACCUUCAUCUGACUCCAACACUUAAGGUCUGUUUCAGUUGGGGAAUAACUGGCCCACUUUGCAAACAUUGAAAUGACCUCAGCUUCUGGCUGCUCUCAACUUAAAAUAUCUUCAAUACAAAUAUUAAGGAGGUCACUUUCAUCGAGGUUUCCCCACUCUGUUCUAUCCAGUUUGAUCUACAUCUGACAUAAAACUGUGUCGAAAAAUAUGGCCUGAAAACUUCUUUUUAUUGUCACUUAAAAAUCAAAGUCAGAUUUAAAAGGUUAUCUGCUUCUUUAAUGCAGAUCUGGAGCAAGUGAAAUGUAAAAUAAAAUGUGUUUGAGCCCUUUUUUUCUUGUCUGUUUUGAAGCCUCUGUGCUACAGAACGGGCUUUUGCAUUACUCAAAGAUGAAAACAAUUACGAGUUGAGAAUUAUGAUCUAGUUUUAGCCUCCGAAACAAAGAAUAAACUGGAUUUAGAGAAUAAAAAGUUCAACCUUUCUGCUUCUACUGGUUGUUUGUGUUAUUCCUCAUGCUUUCUUCCUUUUUAACCACAUUUCCAGGUCAUGUUUGUCAUCUUCUCUCUGCAUCUCUCUCCUCGACACAGAGUUGCAGUUUUCUCUCUCUCUGGUUGCAGGAUGCAGAGUUGCUGCAGCAGCACUUUUCUCCUUCACACCUGCUUCAUUUGUCUUUUUUUAUAGAUACAAAGACAGCUACUCCCUCCCGGGCCUGACCAGUUAA